AUGACAGAUGCCUUUGCCCAUUGGGGUAAGAAACAAAUUGCAUGUCAAAGUGCCUACCCCCUUAAGACAAUGAUUUGCAACCCUGAUCUCUUGCCGACAGAAUGUUAAUGUGGUUGCCAGCGCAGUGAGAAAUACAUUACUAGCGCCUAUUGUACAGUAUAUCAUCCCAGAAGUCCCUGUCAUCACAGUGAUGCUGCUGGCCAUCUAAGUAUGGUGGCCCCCAGGGGUCAGACAUAGUUAUUUAUCUCCUGGAGGAGAAUAGGCAGGCCUUUAAUCAUCAUCACAGGAGUACUACCUAGUCCUGAGUGCAAUUAGGCCCUUUUUAUCAUGGGCUGCCUCAGAGAGUGUGCCAGACUGUCUGAUGAGCUGUCUGGACACGUCUGCCUUCCUUCUUCAGAGAGAGACUGACCUCUAAUCAAUGCUGCAGUCAAGUGCCCUUGACUGUGCUCUUAUAGCCUACCUUACCCUCCUCUACCUUACAGCACUCCAUGGGGUGGUCUGGCACUGCUUUGUGUUUAUCAAGAAAGGCCACCCAUUCCAUUCCACUGUUAAAGGGCAAUAUUUCACCACUUUUCAACCUCAUAUUAAUUAUCUAUAAUCAAAUCAAAUUGUAUUUGUCACAUACACGUGUUUAGCAGAUGUUAUUGCGGGUGUAGCGAAAUGCUUGUGCUUCUAGCUCCGACAGUGCAGUAAUAUCUAACAAGUAAUAUCUAACAAUUUCACAACAUAUACCCAAUACACACAAAUCUAGUAAGGAAUGGAAUUUAAGAAUAUAUACAUAUAUGGACAAGCAAUGACAGAGCGGCAUGGACUAAAAUACAGUAGAAUAUUAUAGAAUGCAGUAUAUACAUAUGAGAUGAGUAAUGCAAGAUAUGUAAACAUUAUUAAAGUGACUAGUGUUCCAUUUCUUAAAGUGGCCAGUGAUUUCAAAAGGUAGCAGCAGCCUCUAAUGUGCUAGUGAUGGCUAUUUAACAGUCUGAUGGCCGAGAUAUAAGCUGUUUUUCCUUCUCUUGGUCCCAGCUUUGAUGCACCUGUACUGACCUCGCCUACUGGAUGAUAGUGGGGUGAACAGGCAGUGGCUGUCACGCCCUGGCUCUGGGGACUCUAGUAUGUUGAGCCAGGGUGUGAGUUUUCAUUUGUUUGUGUUCUAGUUGUUGUAUGUCUAUGUUGGCCAGGGUGGCUCCCAAUCAGAGACGGCUGUAGCUCGUUGUCUCUGAUUGGGAGUCAUACUUAGGUAGCCGUUAGGCAUUCAUUAUUUGUGGUUUCUUGUUCCGUGUUGGUUCGUGUAUGUAACCAGGGACGUCACGUUUUCGUUUUGUUGUUUUUGUUCGUGUGUUCAUUUAUUUAAUAAAAUGUUCGCAUUCAACGCUGCGCCUUGGUCCUCCUCUGUAGAUGACGAUCGUGACAGAAGAAACCACCAAAACUGGACCAAGCAGCGUGAAGAGGAGAGAGGAAGGACUUGGGAUCAAUGGAGUAGAGGUCUCGACUGGGCUAAGCCAAGUGAAGAGCAGAGAGGUUGGAAUUGGGAGCAGUGGAGUGAGAGUUGGGCGAGAACCAUGGAGGCCUGGUCCAUGGGGGAGAGACAAGCCCAGAACAUUUUUAGGGGGGGGCUCACGACGGGGCAGCAGGAGGCCGCGAUGGAGCGGUCCAGCGGGUUGGCAGAGGAGGCCGCCAGGUUAAGGGGGCCACUGGUCACGAAGGGGAAGGAAAGUGUGGAGGCACGGCGAGAGGUACUGGGGUGUGUUACCAGUCCGGUCCGGCCCGUUCCUGAUCCCCACGUAGGGCCAGUGGUGUGUGUUCCCAGUACGGUCCGGCCUGUUCCUGCCACUCGCACCAAGUCAGUGGUGCGCUUCGUCAGCCCGGCACGGCCCGUUCCUGCUCCCCGCACCAAGUCAGUGGUGCGUUUCGUCAGCCCGGCGCGGCCCGUUCCUGCUCCCCGCACCAAGUCAGUGGUGCGCUUCGUCGGCCCGGCACAGCCCGUUCCUGCUCCCCGCACCAAAUCAGUGGUGCGCUUCGUCAGCCCGGUCCGGCCCGCUCCUGCUCCCCGCACCAAGUCAGUGGUGCGUUUCGUCAGCCCGGCGCGGCCCGCUCCUGCUCCCCACACCAAGCCAGUGGUGUGCGUCGUCAGUCCGGCACGGCCCGUUCCUGCUCCCCGCACCAAGUCAGUGGUGCGCUUCGUCAGCCCGGUCCGGCCCGCUCCUGCUCCCCGCACAGAGUCAGUGGUGCGUUUCGUCAGCCCGGCGCGGCCCGCUCCUGCUCCCCACACCAAGCCAGUGGUGUGCGUCGUCAGUCCGGCACGGCCCGUGCCUGUUCCACCGGUGGCUGGUCCGGCACCGGUCAGAUGCUUCACGCCGGAGCUAGAGCAAUCCGCUCCACCAGUGUGCAGUCCAGCUCCGGCCAGCGGGGCCAGACCGGACCAGGGGUACUUUGGGGGGUUGGAGAGGGAGCGGGGAUCAGGCCCGGAGCCGGAUCCGCCGCCUAGGUGGAGUGCCCACCCUGUCCCUCCCCUGUGGUAUUUGGUUGGCGCGGUCGGAGUCCGCGCCUUUAGGGGGGGGUACUGUCACGCCCUGGCUCUGGGGACUCUAGUAUGUUGAGCCAGGGUGUGAGUUUUCAUUUGUUUGUGUUCUAGUUGUUGUAUGUCUAUGUUGGCCAGGGUGGCUCCCAAUCAGAGACGGCUGUAGCUCGUUGUCUCUGAUUGGGAGUCAUACUUAGGUAGCCGUUAGGCAUUCAUUAUUUGUGGUUUCUUGUUCCGUGUUGGUUCGUGUAUGUAACCAGGGACGUCACGUUUUCGUUUUGUUGUUUUUGUUCGUGUGUUCAUUUAUUUAAUAAAAUGUUCGCAUUCAAUGCUGCGCCUUGGUCCUCCUCUGUAGAUGACGAUCGUGACAGUGGCUCGGGUGGUUGAUGUCCUUGAUUAUCUUUUUGGCCUUCCUGUGACAUCGGGUGCUGUAGGUGUCUUGGAGGGCGGGUAGUUUACCCCUGGUAAUGCGUCCGGCAGACCGCACCACCCUCUGGAGAGCCCUGCAGUUGGGGGAGGUGCAGUUGCCGUACCAGGCGGUGAUACAGCCCGACAGGAUGCUCUCAAUUGUGCAUCUGUAGAAGUUUGUGAGGGUUUUAGGUGUCAAGCCAAAUGUAUUCAGCCUCCUGAGGUUGAAGAGGCUCUGUUGCACUUUCUUCCCCACACUGUCUGCGUGGGUGGACCAUUUCAGUUUGUCAGUCAUGUGUACGCCAAGGAACUUGAAGCUUUCCACCUUCUCCACUGCGGUUCCGUUGAUGUGGAUAGGGGGGUGCACCCUCUGCUGUUUCCUGAAGUCCACGAUCAUCUCCUUUGUUUUGUUGACGUUGAGUGAGAGGUUAUUUUCCUGGCACCACACUCCCAGAGCCCUCACCUCCUCCUUGUUGGCGGUCUCGUCCUUGUUGGUAAUCAAGCCAACUACUGUUGUGUCAUCUGCAAACUUGAUGAUUGAGUUGGAGGCGUGCUUGGCCACGCAGUCAUGGGUGAACAGGGAGUACAGGAGGGGGCUGAGCGCGCACCCUUAUUGGGGCCCCAGUGUUGAGGAUCAGUGAAGUGGAGAUGUUGUUUCUUACCUUCACCACCUGAGGGCAGCCCGUCAGGAAUUCCAGGACCCAGUUGCACAGGGUGGGGUUCAGACCCAGGGCCUCAAGCUUAAUGAUGAGCUUGGAGGGUACUAUGGUGUUGAAAGCUGAGCUAUAGUCAAUGAACUGCAUUCUUACAUAGGUAUUCCUCUUGUCCAGAUGGGAUAGGGCAGUGUGCAGUGUGAUGGCGAUUGCAUCGUCUGUGGAUCUAUUGGGGCGGUAAGCAAAUUGGAGUGGGUCUAGGGUGACCGGUAAGGUAGAGGUGAUAUGAUAGUGAUUAGUCUCUCUAAGCACUUCAUGAUGAGAGGUCGGUGCUACGGGGCGAUAGUCAUUUAGUUCAGUUACCUUUGCUUUCUUGGGUACAGGAACAAUGGUGGCCAUCUUGAAGCAUGUGGGAACAGCAGACUGGGAAUGGGAGAGAUUGAAUAUGUCCGUAAACACACCAGCCAGCUGGUCUGCGCAUGCUCUGAGGACGCGGCUAGGGAUGCCGUCUGGGCCAGCAGCCUUGCGGGGGUUAACAUGCUUAAAUGUCUUACUCACAUCGGCCACGGAGAAGGAGAGGCCACAGUCCUUGGUAGUGGGCCUCGUCGGUGGCACUGUGUUAUCCUCAAAGCGGGCGAAGAAGGUGUUUAGCUUGUCUGGAAGCGAGACGUUGGUGUCGGUGACGUGGCUGGUUUUCUUUUUGUAGUCCAUGAUUGUCUGUAGACCCUGCCACAUACGUCUCGUGUCUGAGCCGUUGAAUUGCGACUCCACUUCGUCUCUAUGCUGAUGUUUUGCCAGUUUAAUUGCCUUGCGGAGUGAGUAGCUACACUGUUUGUAUUCUGCCAUAUUCCCAGUAACCUUGCCAUGGUUAAAUGCGUUGGUUCGCGCUUUCAGUUUUGCGCGAAUGCUGUCAUCUAUCCACGGUUUCUGGUUAGGGUAGGUUUUAAUAGUCACAGUGGGCACAACAUCACCUAUACACUUCCUGAUAAACUCAGUUACCGUUUCAGUGUAUUUGUCUUAUCCCAGUCCGUGUGAUCAAAACAAUCUUGAAGCAUGGAUUCCGAUUGGUCAGACCAGCGUUGAAUAGUCCUUAGCACGGGUACUUCCUGUUUCUGCCUAUAGGAAGGGAGGAGCAAAAUGGAGUCAUGGUCAGAUUUGCCGAAAGGAGGGCGGGAGAGGGCCUUAUAAACAGCUCCAGCACCAUACCAGAGUCUACAUAUGUGAAAACGGCCAUUUGGAAGACCACAAUGUUAAGAUUCAUUUUUUCAUUUUUUGUAAUUUUCCAUAAUUAGUUUCUGUAUACAUGUACAGUUGGUAAUGUGUCGUUAACUUGAAAUAUGAGUGUUUCACUUUGAGUAAUGCUGCUUUUCCAUGGUACGAGGUAGACGGUAGACGGCAAACCAGAUGUCAUUGUUUUCAAUGAGAGAAUGACGGUAAAUGCCGUUGAGGCUGGCGGUGAAUGCCGUCAGCCGCCACGGUAGACGGGACUUGCCGCCAGAGUUCAAAUAUUUCAACUUUUGCCGUCUGCCGUAGCAUUGUUUUCUACAGGAUGUUUGUUUACCGAAAUCACCAUAGCAAUGCAUACUGUCGUGCUGGCUUGCUUUUGCCGUCACUGUCUUUCUUGCUUUCUUGUCCCACUAUGACUAUUUUUUUUACAUCCCUCGUCUAAACGCAGCAUAAAACUCCUUGUUUGGCUCCUGAAUGUUAAAGCAAUGAAACUAAGAUCCCUGCACCCUUAAUUUCUUAGCUUCAUUGUGGCGUUUUUCUGCUUCCAUCUCUUGUCGUUCCACUAAUUUCUGUGUUUUUAUUUUGACUCUCUCCAUCCAGUCCCAGUCUCAAGACCCUCCAGCAGCAAAUUAUUGGCUGUGAGAAGUAGCAACAUUUUCAAAUCCUUAUAGCAUUUACAUGCUGCGUCUGGGAACAGCUGCAUCUGGGAACAUGGAUUGUGUCUGGGGUUCAAAUGGCUGUAAAUACAAUUUGAGGAUGAAAGAGAAUAGCUUCGUAAAUAAAGACAUUUGUUUUACAAACUGUUUGUUUUGUCUGUUAAUGGACUUUCAGAUCAUUUGAACUGACGACCUUGACCUCACCCAGACACAACACUUGAUUAGGCUAUUUGGCCCAAUGCCACAUGAAGUGCAGUUAUUCCCGCAUAUGCACAUUCAACAAAUACCAAACCCGACAAAAACUUUGCCGCUGGCCAACAAUCUGCUCUGACACACAAACAAAAUGUUCCAAUGUUUCCCUCCUCUAGAUAAAUAGAUUGAGCGUUGCUGUAACUCUCCAAACCCCUCAUGCUACCGAGAUAAAUUCACUGGUACGAUCAACAAUGCCUGACACACUAAAUCCCUGGCUGAUCACUCCAGGCAUUUACUGCUUAUCACACUGCCCAGUUUUAAUGGCCACUCCUGGGCCAAAGCCAGAUCCUUUCUUCCACCUUUUAUAACAUCCUCUGGUGGCUCAUUCAGGCCCAUGCCCCCAAGUAGACCCUAAUAUAGCACCAGACGUGAAAACAACAGAGGACAACAGAGGACAUCCGAGUUUAACAGCGUUUGUGUCAAAAGCCAAAUUCCUUCUAUUUCUCGUUCUGGCUUUCGUAGUUUUGUUUUGGUACUCUCUGGUUUUGUUGAAGUUGGAAGUGUAGUGGAUGUCUGCAUGUCAGAUGGUUUCUCAUAGGCUUGAAAGGCAAGCCGCGUGACCACAGUGUCUUGAAAUGAUAACAGUAAUGCGUGUCAGUGUCAUUGUGGAAUGCUGCUUGACAUUGUGGAAAGAUGUCUGUAUAUCAAAGAAACCAAGGAAAACAUCUUUGUUCUCCAUAAAUUACUUAGAAAAUGUCACUUGAUGGCUUUAAUGAAGUCAACAACUCUCUUCAUAGAGACAUACUGUACUUGACGUGACUGUUGUUUGCUGCCACAUGUAUCUUGUUGAUUGUAUUGAUGUGGCUCCUUAGGAUAACAAACGUGUAGCUUAUAGAGCAUUAUCCACUGUGCAGGAAAGAAACCAUUAUGUUUUUGAUAGGCACAGGUUUGUGCUGAGUAUGUAUUUUCCCAUGGUAGUGCUCUUUGAAGCAGUAUUAUCCAGAAGAGAGGACCUUCAAACGGGCCCCUGAAGAACACCUAAUGUCAUAGGGGCCCCUGGAUAAAGGCAUAGAGAAUCAUUGAACUUUGACAUGUUAAGGACAGAUAAAACUGGCUGUUAUGGAGAGGAACUGGAUGACAUGUUUACAGCCUUUGAGGAGGCUUGAAUGGGGCCCUAUGGUAAUUUUCCAUUGCCAUUCCUGACCCAGGGAGUAACACUAACUUUUGUUGAAAUAAAUGGGAUAGAUAUACUCCACUGUAGUGGUUGGUUGUCAAGAUGCCGUUGGCUUUCCAUGCUUUGAUGGAAUUUUCACAGGGCUUCUGUGGUUAGAGGGCUGGUUUUGUACAUGUGUGCGUGUGUGUUUACUGGCCCUCCAGUGCUUGCUUUGCUAAUUGUCCUGGCCUUCGUCCAUCUGUCUACAGUUACCACCUGGCCCCAUGAGAUUGGCAUGCGCCUGUAUUUCUUGCUGAUUGCUCUGUGUGUCUAAGGCUUCUCUAUAAGAGGCUUGCAGGGCUUCUGGGGUUUAGGCAGAGCUCUUCCACUCCAGUACACUGCACAGCGAGAGCUCUUCCACUACAGUACACUGUACAGCGAGAGCUCUUCCACUACAAUACACUGUACAGCGAGAGCUCUUCCACUACAAUACACUGUACAGCGAGAGCUCUUCCACUACAAUACACUGUACAGCGAGAGCUCUUCCACUACAAUACACUGCACAGCGAGAGCUCUUCCACUACAAUACACUGUACAGCGAGAGCUCUUCCACUACAAUACACUGUACAGCGAGAGCUCUUCCACUACAAUACACUGUACAGCGAGAGCUCUUCCACUACAAUACACUGUACAGCGAGAGCUCUUCAACUACAAUACACUGUACAGCGAGAGCUCUUCCACUACAAUACACUGUACAGCGAGAGCUCUUCAACUACAAUACACUGUACAGCGAGAGCUCUUCCACUACAAUACACUGUACAGCGAGAGCUCUUCAACUACAAUACACUGUACAGCGAGAGCUCUUCCAAUACAUACACUGUACAGCGAGAGCUCUUCCAAUACAAUACACUGUACAGCGAGAGCUCUUCCACUACAAUACACUGUACAGCGAGAGCUCUUCCACUACAAUACACUGUACAGCGAGAGCUCUUCCACUACAGUACAAUCACACUGAUUUGUUUAUGAUUUGCAGUAUGUUUCUCACUCUCUGCUCUUUGUCAUUUUUCGGCCACAGAUGUUGACGAGUGUCAGGUCCACAACGGAGGCUGCCAGCACAGAUGCAUCAACACCAGAACCUCGUUCUACUGCGAAUGCAACCCGGGCACCCGUCUGCACACAGAUGGCCGGACCUGCAUCGGUAAGGUGUAGGGUGAAAUUGCCCUUAGACCAGCGGUUCCAAAACUAGGGGUCGCCUGUUUCACAUGGGGUCGCCUGAUAUGAAAAUAGGGUUGCAUGAUUUCUUUUUUUUUUACCCAAAAAUGUUUUUUUUUUUUUUUUUUUGUAUCUCAAAAUCAUUCAUGUGGUUACCCUUAAAAAUCUAAAUGAAAACUAUUGAAAUCUAAAAGAUACAAUUCAAUCAGAGUGCCCUUAGAACGUGGGAAAAGGCCGCACUUGACUGUUGCGCUUGAAUCGGAAUGAUUCAAGUGCAACAGUCAAGUGCGGCCUUCCGUGCUUUCAUGUGACCGAAUGCUGCAGACAAAGCAUUCACGGGUCAUUAUGUAGGAGUUUUGGUUACUGACUCAAAGGGAAUACCCUGCCGUCUCCCUCAGAGCAUUAAAACUCAUGGUACCCUUCGUCAGCUCAUAUCUGUGUGAAGCUGGAGUCAGCAGUGCUCUCGUCUGCAUUAAAACCAAAUAUCGAUCCAGGUUGGAUGUGACAGCAGUGAUGAGGUGCGCACUGUUGACCACGCUCCCUGACUUUGAGAAGCUCUGACGCGACAUGCAUCAAGCACACCCAUCUCAUCAGUGAUGGUGAGAGAUAAUGUCAGACUAAUUUGCAAUUGACUGUCUACCUCCACAUUAAAAGUGUGUGAUCGUGAGUUGAGAAGACAAUUAGAAAUACUGUUAGAAUAUUUUGCAAUUGACUGCCAUAGCCCUAAAUAAAAAUGUAAAAAUUGGCUGUUAAUUACAUAUUUUUUUGUGGUUGGGGCCGUGAGAAUUGUCAAAUAUCAAAAUGUAGUCGUGGAAGAAAAAAGUUGGGGAACACCUGCCCUAGACGGUGACCUUGGGUCAGUUUUGCAUUUCCCCACUAAUGGUUAAGGUUAGGCUUGGGGGAGGGGAAGCUGAUUCUAGGGCUCUACCUAGGGGAACUUCACCCUGGAGCCAUCAGUGAGACCUAAAGGGCUGUGGAGGGGUCACCUAAGGUCAACCAAGGUCAGGGGUGAGGGGGGUUGGGAGUGAUAGGGGUUUGGGAUGAAAGAGGUGGAUCUGGUCCAACGCGCUGGCUGUAUCCCAUUGUUGCCCUCACCAUCUGGAAGCUAGGCUAUGGUAGAAGCUGGGACUCACAUCAAAGCAGGGAAAGGGGUCUUCACCUUCUGCUUGUGUCAAAAGUGGGAAUCAAAGAGUCUGUUGUGCUGGCAAAAGAGGUGUUUUCCCACUGUUCUCUAGCAGCCCUUACAGAGCAGGUUUGUGUCUGGGCAUAUAUAGUAGCGCAGUGUCUGCCUCUCUCUUUUCUCUUUCUGUCUCUCUCACACGCAUACACACAUACACACAGACACACAGACACACUCAGAGAGCUCCUAUUCUCUCAGGGCUAUGGCACACAACAACAACAUGUCAGGUUAACUCAAAUCAAAUCCCAUUUUAUUUGUCAUAUGCUCCGAAUACAACUGGUGUAGACUUUACCGUGAAAUGCUUUCUUAUGAGCCCUUCCCAACAAUGCAGAGUUUAAUCCACUCGAGUCGAUUGACACACUGGUGUACCAAUCUAAGUAACAUAAUAAAAAAAUCCCCAUUAAAAUCUGUCAGUUUAAGCUAGAGAUAUCUGGUUUUUUUUUGCAUUGGAUGAGUCUCAAUCCACUGCAUCCGCCGAUGUCGCACUUCCGCAUCUGCAGUGAAAGGUGGUAGUGCUAGAGCGGUGUUUGUCAGACCAUGGACAUCCCAAAAAUCAGUAUUCUCACUAAACGUCUGUAGAGUCCGAACGGUUUGACCUACAAACUACUAUGGAAAGGGGAGACUCUCACAAACAUGAAGGUGUUCCCCGUUUUGCUCUAUGACCCCUCACAAGUGUCAGGGGACUCGUCUGAAGGUAACUGGUACAGGUUAAAAAAAUUGUUUUUAAGUAUGAAGGUAGUUUUGUGCCUACACAAAUUAUACGUACUCCUGAGUGGCGCAGUGGUCUAACUAACUAACCACUAGAGAUCCUGGUUCGAAUCCAGGAUCUGUCGCAGCCGGCCGCGACCGGGAGACUCAUGGGCGGCGCACAAUUGGCCCAGCGUCGUCCAGGGUAGGGGAGGGAAUGGCCGGCAGGGAUGUAGCUCACUUGAUAGAGCAUGGCGUUUGCAACGCCAGGGUUGUGGGUUCGAUUCCCACGGGGGGCCAGUAUAAAAAUAUAUAUAUAUAUGUGUUCACUAACUGUAAGUCGCUCUGGAUAAGAGCGUCUGCUAAAUGACUAAAAUGUAAUGUGUAUAAAUAUAUAUAUAUAUUUCCCUGCAGCAGUUUCGUAUAUCUCCUAGGAUAUAGGACAACACUUAAAAAAACAUGUUUCUUAUUGCUGAAUUUUUUGACUGUCUUUUUUGCUAUUUAAUGAAUGUUUUAUUAAGCAUUUACAUUUAAAUUUAAAAUUUUAGUUCAUUUAGCAGUACGCCUCUUAUCCAGAGCGAAAAGUUAGUGACACACUAUAUCAUAUAUUUUUUUCCAUACUGCCCCCCCGAUGGGGAAUCGAAACCACACCCCCCUCAACCAUGGCGUUGCUACACAAGCAAAAUGCAGUUCCCUUUUCUUUGGUCCAGGCUUUGUUUUAAGAUUGCGUUUACUAUUGUUUGUAACAGUUCAUGAACCGUGGUACCUCAGGUAGUUUGGAAAUCGUUCGAUCACAAGGCAUGAACCAGCGCACUUAUGGACGGUCGAAAAUUUUUUAUUCUGCCCAAGGCUCUUGGCCUCGCAUUCUUUUCGCAUCUCUUCCCUCCAUUUCUGAAGUCAAGCAACAGAGGGGCACCGAGUUUGAAGUUAGGCCUUGAAAUACAUCCACAGGUACACCUCCAAUUGACUCAAAGGAUGUCAAUUAGCCUAUCAGAAGCUUCUAAAGCCAUUACAUCAUUUUCUGGAAUUUUCCAAGCUGUUUAAAGGCACAGUCAACUUAGUGUAUGUAAACGUCUGAACCACUGGAUUUGUGAUACAGUGAAUUAUAAGUGAAAUAAUCUGUCUGUAAACAAUUGUUGGAAAAAUUACUUGUGUCAUGCACAAAGUAGAUGUCCUAACCGACUUGCCAAAACUAUAGUUUGUUAACAAGAAAUUUGUGGAGUGGUUGAAAAACUAGUUUUAAAGACUCCAACCUAAGUGUAUGUAAACUUCUGACUUCAACUGUAUAUACAGGGAAUACCAGUACCAGAUCAAUGUGCAGAGGUACGAGGAAUUUCAGGUAGGUAUGUACAGUACAGUGCCUUCAAAGUAUUCACACAGCUUGACUUUUUCCACAUUUUGUUGUGUUACAGCCUGCAUUUAAAAUUGAUUAAAUUGAGAUUGGUUGUCACUGACCUACACACAAUAUCCCAUAAUUUCAAAGUGGAAUUAUGUUUUUCGAAUUUCUUUACAAAUUAAUAAAAAAUGAAAAGAAUGAAUUGGCUUGAGUCAAUAAGUAUUCAACCCGUUUGUUAUGGCAAACCUAAAUAAGUUCAGGAGUAAAAAUGUGCUUAACAAGUCACAUAAUAAGUUGCAUGGACUCACUCUGUGUGCAAUAAUCGUUUUUAACAUCUCUGUACCCCACACAUACAAUUAUCUGUAAUGUCCUGCAGUCGAGCAGUGAAUCUCAAACACAGAUUCAACCACAAAGACCAGGGAGGUUUUCCAAUGCCACGCAAAGGGCACAUAUUGGUAGAUGGGUCAAAAUAAAAAAGGCAGACAUUGAAUAUCCCUUUGAGCAUGGGGAAGUUAUUAAUUACACUUUGGAUGGUGUAUCAAUACACCCAGCCACUACAAAGAUACAGCUGUCCUUCCUAACUGAGUUGCCGGAGAGGAAGGAAACUGUUCAGGAAUUUCACCAUGAGGCCAAUGGUGACUUUAAAACAGUUACAGAGUUUUAAUGGCUGUGAUAGGAAAAAACUGAGGAUGGAUCAACAACAUUGUAGUUACUCCGCAAGACUAACCUAAUUUACAGAAUUGACAGAGUGAAAAUAAGGAAGCCUGUACAGAAUAAAACUAUUCCAAAACAUGCAUCCUGUUUGCAAAAAGGCACUAAAGUAAUAUUGCACAAAAAUUGUCAAAGCACUUAACUUUUUGUCCAGAAACAAAGUGUUAUGUUUGGGGCAAAUCAGGCAAAAUCCUAUAGGAAAACUGGUUCAGUCUGCUUUCCAACCAGACACUGGGAGAUUAAUUCAAUUUUCAGCAGGACAAUAACCUAAAACACAAGGCCAAAUCUACACUGGAGUUGCUUACCAAGAAGACAGUGAAUGUUCAUGAGUGGCCAAGCUACAGUUUUGACUUAAAUCUGCUUGAAAGUCUAUGGCAAGACUUGAAAAUGGUUGUGCUUAGGGUCGUUGUCCUGUUGGAAGGUAAACCUUCGCCCCAGUCUGAGGUCCUGAGCGCUCUGGAGCAGUUUUUUUAUCAAGGAUCUCUCUGUACUUUGCUCCGUUCAUCUUUCCCUCAAUCCUGACUAAUCUCCCAGUCCCUGCCGGUGAAAAACAUCCCCACAGCAUGACGCUGCCACCACCAUGCUUCACAGUAGGGAUGGUGCCAGGUUUCCUCCAGACGUGACGCUUGCCAUUCAGGCCAUUAAGUUCAAUCUUGGUUUCAUCAGACCAGAGAAUCUUGUUUCUCAUGGUCUGACAGUCCUUUAGGUGCCUUUUGGCAAACUCCAAGCUGGCUGUCAUGUGCCUUUUACUGAGGAGUGGCUGAAUACUUAUGUAAAUAAGGAAUUUCUGUUUUUUAUUAUUUAAUACAUUUGCAAAGAUUUCUACAAACCUGUUGUCACUUUGUCAUUAUGGGGUAUUGUGUGUAGAUUGAUGAGGAAAAACAUUAAUUUAAUCCAUUUUAGAAUAAGGCUGUAAUGUAACAAAAUGUGGAAAAAGUCAAGGGGUCUGAAUACUUUCCGAAUGCACUGUAUAUAUAGUCUAAUGACUGUGCAUAGGGUCAGUGCAGAUAUUUUGGGUACCAUUAAUUGACUAUUUAGCAGUCUGGCUAUUUAGCAGGCUUGGGGGUAGAAGCUGUCUCGGAGCCUGUUGGUCUGAGAGCAGAGGCUCCGGUACCAUUUGCCGGACUGUAGCAGAGUGAACAGUCUAUGGCUUGGGUGGCUGGAGUCUUUGUACAUUUUUCAGGCCUCCCUCUGACACCGCCUGAUAUAGAGGUCCUCCAGUGAUGUACUGGGCUGUCCGCACCACCCUCUGUAGCGCUUUGCGGUCAAGUGUGGUGCAUUUGCCAUAUCAAGCCGUGAUGCAGUUAGUCAAGAUGCUCUCGAUGGUGUUGCUGUAUAACUUUUUGAGGAUCCGAGGGCCCAUGCCAAAUAUUUUCAGCCUUCUGAGGGGGAAGAGGCGCUGCCGUGCCCGCUUCACGACUGUGCGGGUGUGUGUGGACCAGGUUAGGUCCUUAGUGAUGUGGAUGCAAAGGAAUUUGAAGCUCUCAACCCGGUCCACAACAGCCCCGCUCCACAACAGCCCCUCUUUCUCCUAUAGUCCACAAUCAGCUCCUUGGUCUUACUGAUGUUGAGGGAGAGGUUGUUGUCCUGGCACAACACUGCUAAGUCUCAGACUGGGACAAGGAGAGAUUGCAAAUGUCUGUGAAGACACUUGCCAUUUGGUCUGCGCAUGCUUUGAGAACGCCCCCUGGUAUUCCGUCUUGUGAUUGCUAACCUGUUUAAACGUUUUGCUCACGUCGGCCAUGGAGAGCGAGAUCACACAGUCAUCCGGAAGAACAGGGGCUUUCAUUCAAGGCACAGUGUUAUAUUCCUCGAAGCAAGCAUUAAAGACAUUUAGCUCGUUUGGGAGUUCUGCAUCGCAUGGCUUGGUUUCCUUUUGUAAUUCGUUAUCGUUUGCAAGCCCUGUCACAUACGAUGAGCGUCGGCGCAAGUGUAAUAGGACAGGAGAGAUGGGUCUAAGAUGUCCCUCCUCGGCACCCAGCACCGUUCCUCCGGGCCGUACCCCUCCCACUCCACGAGAUACUGGAGACCCCCCAUCCGACGUCUCGAAUCCAAGAUGGACCGAACUGUGUACGCCGGAGCCCCCUCGAUGUCCAAUGGGGGCGGAGGAGUCUCACUUAUCUCACAGUCCUGGAGUGGACCAGCUACCACCGGCCUGAGAAGAGACCCAUGGAACGAGGGGUUAAUGUGAUAAUCAAUAGGCAGUUGUAACCUGUAACACACCUCGUUCAACCUCCUCAGGACUACAAACCGCCGACCCAGCUUCCGGCAGGGCAGGCGGAGGGGCAGGUUUCGAGUCGAGAGCCAGACUCGAUCUCCAGGUGCGUACACCGGACCCUCACUGCGGUGGAGAUCGGCGCUCGCCUUUUGUCGAACGGAUGGCCCGCUGCAGAUGGACGUGUGCAGCGUUCCACGUCUCCUCCGAGCGCCGCACCCACUCAUCCACCGCAGGAGCCUCGAUCUGGCUCUGAUGCCAUGGUGCCAGAACCGGCUGAUACCCUAACACACAUUGGAAAGGGGUUAGGUUGGUGGAUGAGUGCCGGAGAGAGUUCUGUGCCAUCUCUGCCCAGGGGAUAUACCUCGCCCACUCCUCCGGCCGGCCCUGGCAAUACGAUCUCAGAAACCUACCCACAUCCUGGUUCACUCUUUCUACCUGCCCAUUGCUCUCUGGGUGGUACCCCGAGGUAAGGCUCACCGAGACCCCCAAGCGCUCCAUGAACGCCCUCCAGACUCUGGAGGUGAACUGGGGACCUCGAUCAGACACUAUAUCCUCGGGCACCCCGUAGUGCCGAAAGACGUGGGUGAACAGUGCCUCAGCGGUCUGUAGGGAAGUAGGGAGACCCGGCAUUGGGAGGAGACGACAGGCCUUCGAGAACCGAUCCACAAUGACCAGUAUAGUGGUAUUCCCCUGAGAGGGGGGAAGGUCUGUAACGAAAUCCACCGAGAGGUGAGACCAGGGUCGCUGUGGAAUGGGCAGGGGUUGUAACUUUCCCCUGGGCAGGUGUCUAGGCGCCUUACACUGGGCGCACACUGAGCGGGAGGAGACAUAAACCCUCACAUCCCUGGCUAACGUUGGCCACCAGUACUUAGCGCUAAGGCAGUGCACUGUCCGGCCAAUAUCUGGAUGUCCAGAGGAGGGGGACGUAUGAGCCCAAUAAAUCAGACGAUCCCGAACCUCGAGUGGAACGUACGUCCGACCUACAGGACACUUUGGGGGACUAGGGUCGGUACGCAACGCCCGCUCAAUCUCCGCAUUGACCUCCCACACUACCGGUGCCACCAGACAAGACUCCGGCAGGAUGGGAGUGGGCUCAAUGGACCUCUCCUCUGUGUCAUACCGCCGGGACAGGGCGUCUGCCUUACCGUUCUGGGACCCAGGGAUGUACGUUAUUUUAAACACGAACCGGGUUAGAAACAUGUUCCACCGAGCCUGACGAGGGGAUCAAUCUCCUAGCUGCCUGGAUGUACUCCAGGUUACGGUGGUCAGUCAAAAUGAGAAAAGGGUGUUGAGCCCCCUCAAGCCAAUGCCUCCACACCUUUAGGGCCUGUACCACGGCUAACAGCUCCCUGUCCCCUACGUCAUAAUUUCGCUCCGCCGGGCUGAGCUUCUUGGAAUAAAAAGCACAGGGGCGGAGUUUAGGUGGCGUGCCGGACCGUUGCGAUAGUACGGCCCCAAUACCGGCCUCUGACGCGUCCACCUCUACCUGGAAUGGUAAAGCGGGGUCCGGAUGCGCCAGCACCAGAGCCGAAGUGAACAGGUCCUUCAGUCUCCCAAAAGCCCUGUCCGCCUCAGCUGACCACUGCAAACGCACCGGGCCCCCCUUCACCAGGGACGUUAUGGGAGCUGCCACCUGUCCAAAACCCCGGAUAAACCUCCGGUAGUAAUUUGCAAAACCCAAGAACUGCUGCACCUCUUUAACCGUGGUUGGGGUUUGCCAAUUACGCACGGCUGACACACGGUCAACCUCCAUCCUCACGCCUGACGCAGACAACCGAUAACCCAAAAAGGAGACCGACUCCUGGAAAAACUGAAAUUUCUCUGCCUUGACAUACAAGUCGUGCUCCAACAGCCUCCCCAACACUCGUUGCACCAGGGUUACAUGCUCGGCUCGGGUAGAAGAGUACACUAGAAUGUCGUCGAUGUACAUGACCACACCUUGCCCCUGCAUGUCCCGGAAGAUCUCGUCCACAAAGGAUUGGAAGACUGAAGGAGCAUUCAUCAACCCGUAUGGCAUGACGAGAUACUCGUAAUGACCCGAGGUGGUACUAAAUGCUGUCUUCCAUUCAUCGCCCUCCCUAAUGCGCACCAAGUUGUAGGCGCUCCUGAGAUCUAGUUUUGUGAAGAAACGCGCUCCGUGUAAUGAUUCCGUCAUAGUCACAAUCAGAGGGAGUGGAUAACUUUAUUUCACAGUGAUCUGAUUGAGACUACGGUAAUCAAUACACGGGCGCAACCCUCCAUCCUUCUUCUUCACAAAAAAGAAGCUUGAGGACGCAGGGGAGGUGGAGGGCCGUAUGUAUCCCUGUCUCAGAGACUCGGCUAUGUAAGUCUCCAUAGCCCCCUUCUCCUCUUGAGACAGAGGAUACACAUGGCUCCGCGGAAGCGCUGCUCCUGCCUGGAGGUCUAUCGCACAAUCCCCCUGUCUAUGAGGAGGCAACCGCAUCGCCCUCGUCUUGCUAAACACGAGUGCUACAUCCUCAUACUCAGGGGGAAUGUGCAUUGCGGGCACUUGGUUCGGACUCUCCACCGAGGUCGCCCCCACGGAAACACCUAGACAUCGCCCUACACACUGGGCAGACCACUCCUUGAGAGCCCUCUGUUGCCACGAAAUGGAGGGAUUAUGGGUAAUCAACCAGGGAAGCCCCAGCACCACUGGAUACGCAGGAGAGUCGAUUAGAUAUAACUGAAUAGUUUCCUCAUGACCCCCCUGCGUACUCAUCCUAAGUGGUGCUUUGACCUCUCUAAUCAACCCCGAUCCCAACGGGCGGCUAUCUAGUGCAUGGACAGGGAAGGGAGCAUCAACAGGAAGGAGGGGAAUCCCUAACUUUACACAAAAAUUCCGAUCAACAAAAUUCACAGCUGCGCCUGAAUCUACUAGCUCCUUAUGCUGGGAAUGAGGUGCAACCUGUGGAAAUCUUACAGGUAUACAUAAGUAAACAACAGAGAGCUCUGGGUAAGUGGGGCACCUACUCACCUGGAAGGACUCCCCAGUGCGUGGCCUGUUGUCCCGUCCCCCUGGAGACCCUCCCCAGCACCUAGCCGCAGUGUGCCCUCCACGGCCACAGUUGGUGCAGGGGACGGCCCCCCUCGGGCUCCCUCUCCUCCUCUCUCUAGCGCCAGCACCCCCGAGCUCCAUAGGGCUCGGCUCGGAGGUGCUGGAGGAUGGAAUGGACGGCCCCCACUCGGGACGUCCGCGGGUGGCCAGCAGGGUGUCGAGACGGAUGGACAUGUCCACCAACUGGUCGAACGAUAGGUUGGGGUCCCUGCAUGCCAGCUCUCUCCGAACGUCCUCCCAUAGACUGCAUCGAUAGUGGUCGAUGAGGGCCCGCUCAUUCCACCCCGCAUCCGCCGCUAGAGUCCGGAAUUCCAGGGCGAACUCCUGUGCGCUCCUCUUCCCCUGUCGGAGGUGGAAUAGACGCUCCCCGUAGGUGAUGGUGGCGGCGUCUUUCAAACUUAAAAGGUUGAGAGACAGAGAGACAGGAGAUGAGGGCGGAAACGCUCUCGUAUCCCGAGGGCGCCGGGUGUAUGGUGGCCAGGUAGAGUUCCACCUGCAGUAGGAACCCCUGACACCCGGCUGUGGCGCCAUCAUAUGCCCUCGGGAGCGAGAGCAGAAUCCCACUGGAUUCUGGAGCUUGGAUGGGAGGACUGACCGAUGGUGGUGGUAAGGUCGGAGGAGGUGUGGGCACUCCUCUAGUCUCCCAUCGGUGCAGAGUGUUGAUCACGUCCUGCAGGGCAGACCCGAGUUGAAGGAUCCGGUCGUCUUGCCCGCUGACGCGCUCCUCCAGCGACUCGGGUGCUGCUGCUGCUCCUGCUGACUCCAUGAUGGUGUGUAAUUCUGUCAGUGGCUGAUGUGGAUGUGGUGUAGGAGUCAGGCGCAGGACACAGAAGCUACUUCCAACAGACUUUACUGGAGGACACGAAAUACAAAGAAAAGGGCCUCAACAAAACAAGGAGGCGAGCGAUUACGCAACAGUGCGCAAAAACACUCCAAUGCACAAGCAAUACGCAAAAGUGCGUCUGGACUCUAAAACACAACAGAGCAAAAAUACCAGCACCUACGGACAGGCGGAACAAUUCCACACAACUCACUACAAACAAAACGAGACACAUAUAGGGAACAUAAUGAACACUAACAGGAAACAGGUGAACCAGGAAGACAAAACCAAACAAACAUCGAUAACAUACAACGGUGGCAGCUAGUACUCCGGGGACGACGACCGCCGAAGCCUGUCCGAGCAAGGAGGAGGAGCAGCCUCGGCCGAAACCGUGACACUGUGGGUAGAAUAAAAGUGGUUUAGAGUUUUAGCACCCCUAGUGUCGCAGGAGACGUGUUGAUAGAGGUGAGGUAGAACGGUUUUAAGUCUAGCCGCACUAUAGUCUCCACACACCAGAAACGCUGCCUCUGGGUGAGCGUUUUCUUGUUUGUUUAUGGACUAUACAGUUUGAGAUUUCCUUCACACUUGAAACAGCACACCAGUUGUUUUUUAUGAAAAAACACACUCCACCUCCUUUCGACUUCUCCAAAGCCGCUGUACGAUCCUGCCUCUGCAUGGAGAAUCCACAGAGUAUUACGUGCAUGGUUUCAUCAUCCAGCCACGUUUCAGUAAGACAUACAUAUAACAUGCAGCUUUGCAAGUCUCUCUGAUAGGAGAUGUUACGUUCUCACAAGACAAACUCAAUAUAUCACUCACACUAAGGUGACUAACAGAGACAAUCACUUUGACAACCAAAAUAAAACAGAAAGGGGUUCAAAAAGGGUUCUGAAAGGCACCCAUGUGGAUGGUCACUGAAAGUUGGCAAAGCCACUAUUAAAGGCUUCUAAAAGACACCCACCAUGGAUGCCCACUAGGUUUGCCUCCGAAAAGACAAACUAAAAGAAAAACCCACAACAACUUAGGAUAGGGCGUAAAAAGAAUAUGGAGCAAAAAAAAAGGAAAACACCAAAAAUCAGGCGUCUUUCAAACUUAAAAGGUUGAGCUUGAAAUCGCACCUCAGCUGACGUGAAGUGUAGCUCUCCCAGCAUCUCUCAAGCUCAACUGGAGCACUGGGCCAGCCACUCUUAAAUAUCACCUGGGCUAGCACAGUUGAAACACCUUCCGACUAACAAGAUGGACAAGCCAGCACAGGUGUAACACAUACUUACUAACAAGGUGACACCAAUCGGUGUGCCCUACGUGCUAAAGUGCUACUUCAAAAUAUAUACAAAAAAUACACAAAAAAAUUACAGAGACUCUGGAACGAAGAUCAUCCAUUUUAUUCUCGAGUGACUGGACAUUUGCCAAUAGAACGGAGGGGAGCACCGUAUUUUAAGUCCAAAUCGAGGUUAGUAAAUGUGAAUCUGAUGUCCAGAAGUGCUUGGCGGUCAUAUGUGAUAAUAAUAUGAACUUUCUGUACCAAAAAAGUAAAGAUAAACAUGAUAAAAGUCACUAUAUAGCAAAGUUGGGUUGAAACUCAUAAGAUGUUGCCCUUCUCUGUUGGCGCCAUCUUGUCUCUCUGAUUGAUUUAGGACCGUUACCUUGCAGCGGGCCAUGGGAAGCCCCGAGGCCUGUUGAAACAUUGUUGGCUUUGACCAGGGCCCGUCUGAAGGAAAUGUUACAGCUUGCCUACAAAUAGCCAGAUUAGUAUUUUUUUUACGAGUAAUUACCACAGAGAUGGGAACCCAUUGAUAUUGUUGACGUUUUUAUAGAAAUGGGCCCCAAAUUACACUACCUCAGCUUGUGAAUAUAAUUCUUCAUUCAUUGGUGAUUUAGACCAUCAACACCUUUUCCUGGAGACCUACGAGUGUGUACGCUUUUGUUCCAGCCCUGCACUAACACAACUGAUUCAGCUAAUCAAGGUCCUGGCAAACAAUUAAUUAGUAAAAUCAGGUGUGUUAGAGUGUUAGAGCUGGGCUGGAACAAAAAUGUGCACCCCCUGUAGCUCUCGAGUGUUGGCCACCCCCAAAGCUGUCAUUUCAGUUCAACUACAAAUACUUUUAACCCCAUUGCUGUUCCUAUUCACCACUGAGAGAUAGAACAUGUGCUCCGACACACGCACUAAUCUUAGAUUCACUCUUGGUGUCUGCACAGCAACUGAAGCGCAUAUUCAAUUUAGUUAUUCAUUUAGAUUUUAAUCAUGCUACUUUGAUGUCACGGAAAGCUACAAACUAUCUCAUUCUUCUCAUGCUGUUGUUUUUUUUGCAAGGCCUUGUUUUCCUCCUUUAAAUUAAAGGCAGCUGACAAACUCAAGGAUGCUCCAAACAGUAGAGCAAAAUAAAACACUGUACAUAAACUGUGUGACGUAUGCCUUAAUGAGAAUGGGGGAUCGAGUUUGGGAAACCCUGCCCUAGCACAGUGGUUCCCAACUCCGGUCCUCGAGUACCUCCAACAGUACACAUUUCUAUUGCAGCCCCAGACAAGCACAACUGAUUCAACUAGUCAAUUAAUCAUCAGGCCCUCAACGAGUGAGAAGCAUUUCUCAAGGUCCACUUCAAUGAGCCACAUACUGUAAGUAACCCCUGCCGUCCGCAGGCUUAUCGUCCCGAAUCAGAUGUCUCGCUAAUGGAUCAGCAAAAAAGGCAAUUCGCUCCGGCAUUCAUCUCAAUGUUAUUAUUGGGCCUCUGUUCCGAGAUGGCAAUUGACGGGAAAACAGAGUGGAGCGGAGAGGGGUCAGCGUCGGCGAUCAUCAAUUUCCAAGAUCGGAGUGGGGAUAGGGUUCAUGUUUGUUUUUGUUUUGAAACUGGAACUCUUUUUUCUGAGUUCAUCCAAAUGAAAAUGCAGGAGCUACGUCUCAUCUUUGAGAUACAGAUCACCUUGGGUUAUGCGUUAGCAUAAAUCAAAUGUUUGAAACGAUCUGGUGGUAUCUUGCUCUUUGUGAGAACGUAUAGACAAACACUUGCUCGUGCUGUCAGAGAGAGCAGACCUACUAUGUAAUGUUCAUACCAAUUACUAGUCAUUGUUAGGGCCAGGAGUUUAUCCUGCUCUCAUUAACAACUCUGGGCCCGUGUCAUUGUAGAUAAUCUGAUUUUAAAAAACAAUAGUGGUGAAAAAUGUGUCCACAUUAGACUUUGAGAGUUUCUAAACAGGUACUCUUUCUUCAAAUUAUAAUCAAUCAACUACAUUUGUGUACUGUACAUCACCUUUAAUUGUUGAUCUAUCAUGUCUCUCUCUGUAUGUUUCUCCCCAGCAAUCCACUCCUGUGCUGUCAGCAAUGGAGGCUGUGAGCAGGACUGUGUGCUGCUGUCCCCGGCUCACUACCAGUGUCGCUGCAGACCCAACUAUCAGCUUGCAGAGGACAGCAAACACUGCAAGUGUAAGUGCCACUAGUCGGCCAUUUAAAAAAACCUGUGUGUGCUUGUGUGCUAACUUCUCAGUCCAUCCUUUUUAUGCCAUUUUGGCAGACACUUUUAUCCAAAGCGACAGUGAGUAGCAGCCUAUAUGUUCCCAGUGGGAAUCGAAACCCACAAUGUUGUGGGCACUAAUAUUGUGAAUAUGUGUAUAUACAGUAUAUAUGAUAUUAUAAAUACCUCACAUGCGACUCAUAAUAAGACUAAGCAAUUAGCCCAUUUAAUGAAUUAUCUGACUCUAUAAAGAUUAUUUAGCAAUAUGCACAAAUACUAUGGUUGAGUUACAUUAAUAGGCAAUGAAGAAAUGUCUGAGAAGGGAAUUCUAAAUACAAGUAUUAUUGAAUUACUUUGUAAAAUGAAUGAUAACAUUAUACAAGACAUAAUCUUAAAUUACAAAGCAAUAACAAGCAUUACAAGGCAUUAUUCUAAGCAUGGUCAGAGAGAGAGAAACCAUAGCCUGAAAGGCCAUGCCCCAAAAGUCCAUGGGGUGGAGAGAGAAAGAGAGAUUGUGUCUCACUACAGCAGUUCAGGAACAAAAAAGAGAAAGAACAAGGAAUCUAAGACCCUUUUAUAAGCAUCUGAGUUGUUUGGAUUCAAAAUCUGAGUUGUUGACCAAUAGUACUACUGUAAAGUUAACCUCCAAUCAGAUAUCAGACCUACAUGAUGUCACCUCUGCUUCUCAGAGGUGAGACAAUGGGGGUUGGAGAGAUAAUACAGAGAAUGCUGUAUUCCUAAGACAACACAAAGGAAAUUAUUGCAUACAGUUGAUAAGAAGAGUCACUUCGGGGGCUGCCCUACAACAAUGCUGGCAAUGUUAGCUGUUGCUAACUGAUGCUAACUGAGCCACACAGGUCCUUGGCCCUAAAUUUCCAUGCGGCACAAACCUAUUUCUCUUUGCUUGUCAUGACAGGGAAUGGAUGAUGUUGAAUAACAAAAUGCUUACUGUGCUAUGUUGGCUGCAUUCGCUGUAUUGGCAAUGCUUCGACAGUUCAUUUUCUGCCUGUCUGUACUCUGAAAAUGUUCAGGUAUGGAGGCAUCGCAAAAACGCCACCCGUCGGCCGUGGUGGCCAUUUUCCAUUCCGCAAAAUCACCAAACAAUGUAUUCUGCGUCAUAUCUUCUGAACCAAACAUGAUAUCACAGAAAAUGUGGUCUACCCCUAUAUUUUGAUGGUCAAGGAUUGCAAUGAUGCCAUGCACAACAUCGAAAACGGCCCCUGGGGACCAUGGCAGCCAUUUUGCUAUUCCGCUAUAACUGGACAAUGUAUUUCCCAUCAUAUCUGUUGAACCAUACAUGAUAACACAGAAAAGGUGAUGUCUACAUCUUUUGAUGGUCAAGGAUUACAAUUGUGCCAUGUACAACAUCAUAAAUAGUUCAGAUUAUUAUAAAAUGGUGGACUGCCACUGGGCGAAAAGGAUCCAUAUCAGGGGAUAUCUUUACAUGACACGUUUUUAAUAUUCUAAAGAAUACAGACCAUUUCCAAUGCAUAUUUUGAGUUUUGUUGAUAUGCACCAUAUCCUGACAAAUUCUGAAUCCAGAUUAGUCUUUUAGACACACACUCAGUGGCCAGUUUAUUAGGUACACCACCCCGUUCAUGAAGAUCACAGACAAAAACUCUACCAACACGUUGGGUCUGGACUGCGAGGGACCGCCGCUGACAACCCAAGCUGCACCCAUUGCAUCAUCCAUAAUAACAAACAGGGCAGGCAGGGGUAUUGACGGUGUGCAACUUUUAUUUUCUAGUAAAUAAAUAAGACAUUUUUCGCAAAGGUUGGCCUACGCUUGCAUCUUUCCAGAAAACAGUUCUGGAUUUGCUAUGCUGCAUUUUUCAAACAUAAAUAGCAGAGAUGUGCUUUCGAAAUAGCAACUUGAUUAAAUAUGACGAUGUUUGCCUUUUGGUGCCUUGUAUAGCCUACUACCUUCAUGUGAAGAACCACAGUUAAAAUAAUUUGGGCACUGGAAAUUUCAUGAGUCGGCUUUAGCCCAUUGUCGAUUAGACAUACGAGGAUGAAACAUUAACAUAUCUAUGAUUCACAUAUAAUGUAAGGAUAUCUAUUGAAAUGAUGCCAUUUUUGAGAAAUAUGGAUACAUAAACGAUCAUGUAAUGACUACAGAUAUGAUACAUUUCUGAAAAUAUGUGGAUUCGUUCAUGCCAUAGUAUAAAGGCUAAGAUAUGUCAGCAUGUUGACACAUACCCUUUCCGGAGUUAGAAUUUUCUAUAAAUAUGUAAGCGGGUGCACGCGCAUCAGGUGAGUGUAUUGAACGUACCUUACCAUAUAUCUCCCUGGACUCAUAUGGUAGCAGGCAGAUUUCGGAGAUCCGGAUUGGAUGCAUGUAGAAACUACGAUUACGGAGAAUAUCUUAGCUCUGUAUAUGAUCAUUAAGGACAUGUGGAUCUGGAGCAUGUCUACUCCUUAUAUGUAUUAAAAUGUCCGAAAUACAGUGCCUUCAGAAAUAAUUCACACCCCUUGGCUUUUUCCAUGUUUUGUUGUGUUACAGCCUGAAUUGAAUACCCCAUAAUUUCAAAGCGGAAUCAUGUUUUUCAAUUUUUUUAAUAAAUUCAUAUAAAAAGCAAAGCUGAAAUGUCUUGAGUCAAUAAGUAUUCAACCCCUUUGUUAUGGCAAGCCUAAAUAAGUUGAGGACUAAAAAUGUGCUUAACAAGUCACAUAAUAAGUUGCAUGGACUCACUCUUUGUGCAGUAAUAGUUUUAACAUGAUUUAUUUAAUGACUACCUCAUCUUUGUACUCCACACAUACAAUUAUCUGUAAGGUCCCUCAGUCAAGCAGUGAAUUUCAAACACAGAUUCAACAACAAAGACCAAUGCGUUUUUCCAAUGCCUCACUAAGAAGGACAGCUAUUGGUAGAUUGGUAAACAUUUUAAAAGGAGAUAUCGAAUAUCCCUUUGAGCGUGGUGAAGUUAUUAAUUACACUUUGGAUGGUGUAACAAUACACCUAGUCACUACAAAGAUACAGGUGUCCUUCCUAACUUAGUUGCUGGAGAGGAAUGAAACCGCUCAGGGAUUUCACCAUGAGGCCAAUGGUGACUUUAAAACAGUUACAGAGUUUAAUGGCCUUGAUAGGAGAAAACUGAGGAUGGAUCAACAACAUUGUAGUUACUCCACAAUACUAACCUAAUUGACAGAGUGAAAAGAAGGAAGCCUGUAAAUUAUUUUUAAAAUCCCAAACAUGCAUCCUGUUUGCAACAAGGUUCUGAAUUGAUACUGCUAAAAAUGUUGCAAAGAAAUGCACUUUUUGUCCUCAAUACAAAAUGUUAUGUUUGUGGCAAAUCCAAUACACAUUUCUGAGUACCACUAAAAAAAAUGUCAAGCUGCAUCAUGUUAUGGGUAUGAUUGUAAUCGUUAAGGACUGGGGAGUUUUUCAGGAUAAAAAAUAAACUAAUGGAGCUAGGCACAGGCAAAAUCCUAAAGGAAAACCUGGUUCAGUCUGCUUUCCACCAGACACUGAAAGAUGAAUUCACCUUUCAGAAGGAAAAUAACCUAAAACACAAGGCCAAAUCUACACUGGAGUUGCUUACGAAGAAGAGAGUGAAUGUUCCUGAGUGGCGAGUUAUAGUUUUGAAUUAAAUCUACUUGAAAUCUCUGGCAAGAGCUGAAAAUGGUUGUCUAGCAAUGAUCAACAACCAAUCUGACAAUGCUUUAAGAAGUUUGAAAAGAUUAAUGGGCAAAUGUUGCACAAUCCAGGUGUGGAAAGCUCUUAGAGACUUACCCAGAAAGACUCACAGCUGUAAUCGCUGCAAAAGGUGAUUAUCACAUGUAUUGACUCAGGGGUGUGAAUACUUUUGUAAAUUAGAUAUUUCUGUAUUUAAUUUUCAAAAAAUGUACAACAAUUUUUUGAAACAUUUUGCUCACCUUGUCAUUAAGGGGUAUUGUAUGUAGAUGGGUGAGACAAAAAAAUAUUUUUAAUCAAUUUUGAAUUCAGACUGUAAGACAACAAAUUGCGGAAUAAGUCAAGGGCUAUGAAUACUUUCUGAAGGCACUGUAUGUACCUCAAGUGCUUGUUGGCCCCAGAUGCCAUCCACCACUCCUCAAAUUAUAUUUCAGAAGAGUACAUUUCCAUUUUGGAGCAGUUCACAAUUCUCCUUAAUGAUAACAAUAACAGUCAAAUUAACAUCAAUCAAGCUCAUUUUGAGAUGUCCAUGAAGAAAGGAAUAGAAAAGGAGCAAAUCCUCCCACAAAUGAUGCUUUGGUGCAGCACAUCAAAAUCAAUGAAUACAAAUGUUAUUUAUAUAGCCCUUUUCACAACAAGGAUUGUCCAGAAACUGCUUCUCCAAUAGAAAUACCGAUUACAUCUGUAGGCGAUGUCAUAGCGACUUUUGCUAGCUAAGCUAAUGCGCAGAAACACGUCAUCGGGUCUAACGGUCGUGUCCCGUCGGACUGCGCACAUGCAAAGACACUUCUUCAAUAUAAGUUGUUUUUGAUAGAAAUGAGAACAUGUUGUGUGCAACAGGCAGGGCAAGCUUCAUAUUUAUUUAUUGUUAAAACAUUUAUACCCUGUCUUUCUGUGGGUAAUGGGGUUGACGUGUUAUGCUCAACUUGCUCAGUUUUCCACCACACAACACCAGAAAAUGGCCAAAAAGAGUAGAACCAGCUCAUCUGCUAUAACACUAUGAUUAUUAGAUGUUCAAUGUUUCUUUUGAAAAAUGAACAGGAUUGACCUUAAAAUGAUGGCCAGACAUUUCAUGUGAUCAGAUGAUAAUAAUAAUAAUAAUAAAGAUCUUCAGAAAUGACUUUAUCAAAGCAACAAAAUAACUAGAGCUUUACAAUAAUGGUGAGAACAUGGAGACAUUUUGGGGUUAAGUGGGAUUUAUUGAAUUCUCAAUGUGAUCUAUAUUAAAGGGCCCUUCAUUUAAUAUUACAGGCUUAUAAAUGUAAUAUUGGUGUACAACUUCUACUUAUAUCAAAUAUCAAAAGGACACAAAAGGUACUCGUUUGGUGGAACGACAUUUGAAGUAGUCGAAAAAUGUCCAUGAUUGUAACAAUGUUGAUAAAUAUGCUAUAGAAUCUCAGAAUCUUCCAGAGUGACACCAUGAAUACUGCCAAAGCCUUCUUGAAGUCUAUGAAAUUAAAAGUUAAAGUGUGGGGGACCAGACAUCCAUCCUUGUCCCUGCAGAAUGCUGCUUGCUCCCCUAUAGCUCAGUUGGUAGAGCAUGGCGCUUGCAAUGCCAGGGUUGUGGGUUCGUUUCCCACGGGGGGCCAGUAUGAAAAUGUAUGCAUUCACUAACUGUAAGUCUCUCUGGAUAAGAGUGUCUGCUAAAUGACUAAAAUGUAAAAUGACUCCAUGCAUACAUUUUCAGCAAAAUAAAAAAUGAUUGAUUCCACAUUUCCCCCAAACUAAGCUUAACUUUAAAGUAUAAUGUUUCUCCAAAAGAUGUUUAAUAUAAUUUUCAAAUCAACAACAGAAAUAAUAUUCUAUGGUGUACAUUGACAGAAACUGUGAUUUCAUUGGAUUUCUUCCCAUGGUUUACCAUGGCAGUCCACCAUUUAUAUAAUAAACUGAACUGUUUAUGAUGUUGUACAGGGUAUCAUUUUAAUCAAUGACCAUCAAAACAUAGGUGUAAACAUCACCUUCUUCAGUGUUUUCAUGUUUGGUUCAGGAGAUAUGAUGCAAAAUACCUUAUUUGGUUAUGGCAGAAUGGAAAAUAGCAGGCGUUUUUUCAAUGCCUCCAUAUAUAAACAUGUUCAGGGCCCCAAACUGUACAAGUUUACCAAGUUUCAUGCUUUUAUGAAAAAGUUAACUGAAUUUUCACAAAUCCCCUGCACUAUGAGCUUAGCUGAACUACACAGCUGUGCUGGAGUGCUGGAGUGGCUGGCUUCAGAUAUCGUGGCUGGCAGUCCUCAGUCCUUACCCAAAGGCCAUUGGCAGCCUGGAUCCUUACUUCUGAAUUAUACUUCAGCUGGUUCUUAUUGUGGUCGACACGUAGAUCUCAGAUGCAUAAUGUCGGAUUUUAUAUAUCAAGAAAUAUGUAAUAUUGUUGGAGUUUUACAUUUACACAUCAAAAGACAAAAUAGCAAUCAAAGAAAUGUCAAUGAUAUUUACAAUCAAAUUGGAUUGAAGUGAUAUUUAAACGGUUUUGAUACCAGACAUGCAUUAGGCCAAUUUUAGCACUAGAAUAGAGGGGAAAAUACAAUUAUAGUAAUUUAUGAGGUUAUAAAGCAGAGCCUGCAGCUGUUGGGAAGUGUGAUAACUGUAAUAACAAAAAAAUGUUAAAUUACUGUGCACUUUGUUGGGCUUUGAAAUUCCUCUAGUCUUGUAUCCGACUGCGAGGUCUGAGACAGAGACGAGUCGGAGCAGGCAGUCAUCGGCUUGGCGACCUCUGACCAUUGGUCUGUCUGUCCAGCAGACUGACUGGCCAAUACAAAUGAACUGAGGCUUACCAGAGGCCCACUGUUGUCUUGGUUACCAAAGCACCAUCCAAAAGCGGAACGCAUGAAAUAGUUAUAUCUAGGGUGGAUUUCAAACAAAACGGCAUUGUGGAAAAGUUACAUUGUUACUGUUGUAUCAAUUCUAUCUUUGGGCAGAUGUGGAAAUCUUGUACCUUUACUGACUUUCUCUCCCUUUACAAUGUAUUCUCAGUUUCCUGCUUAGCUAGAUGUGCACUGUCUUCCAUACAUCAACAACAACUAGCUACCAAGAAAAAAACGAAAAAGCACUUGAUUCCUAGUAUGUGUAGCUCCUUGGAAAUUCACCUCUUGGGGGUCCAGACAUGGAAAUAAUUAUGGCCAUAUCUGCAGGGAGAAAGUAACCACACUCCCAUUUAACCCCAUUACCCUCUUACUCCCUCAAAUCCACAGGGGAGAGUGCUGGCAAGAGCAUGGAGAGUGUAUGUGUUUCUGUCAGUCUCUCUCUGUGUGUGUGUGUGUGUGUGUGUGUGUGUGUGUGUGUGUAUGCACAGUAUGUACUCAUUCUGUGUUACUAUGUUCCAGUGAGAAACCCCUGUGCAGACAGAAAUGGAGGCUGUAUGCACACCUGUAGAAAUGAAGGAGGAAGAUCUCAGUGUGACUGUCGUCCUGGAUAUACACUGGCACAGAAUGGCAAAAACUGUGAAGGUAAACUUCAGAAUUGACUAUGGUUCUAGGGAUUAUUCUAUAGGUGGUGAUGGUGAUUACACUGAUUAAGGUGUGUGUGUGUGUCCCAGACGUCGACGAGUGUGAGACAGGCCAAACUGCCUGUGCCCACGGUUGCCAUAACACCCAGGGUUCCUUUACCUGUGUCUGUAACCCGGCAUACGAGUUGGGUGCCAACGGCAGGGAAUGCUAUCGUAAGUCAACUUUCAUUCACUCUCAUUCAACUCCCAUUCACUCUCAGUCAACUCCCAUUUACUCAUUGAGACAUUAGCAAUUAUCACUGAUGUAAACAUAGCAUUACUCAUUUACACUUGUAUUAUUGCAUUUUUACUUUAGGCAUAUUCUCCUUUAGGCAUGUUGGAGUUUAGAGCAAAAUACAACAAAGGCUAUUACAAAUGUUUUGGUCAGGCUGAAACAUUAGUGCCACAAGAAAAAGGGAUUCUAUGCAAGAAAAUAUUGUGUAUGUUUGUUUUGGUAUGGUUUGGAAUGACAGGUGUCCAUAUUUGUCUCUCUUAGGUAUCGAGAUAGAGAUUGUGAACGGUUGUGAGACUGCCAAUGGAGGCUGUUCCCAAAAGUGCCAACACUCCACCCUCGGACCUGUCUGCAGCUGUAGCCAUGGUUACCAUCUGGACGAUGACCUCAGGACAUGUGUGGGUGAGCAAAGAGCAGUUUGGAGAAUGACUCCUAUAAUCAGUUUUGAUCGAUAUGGAGUGAUUUUAGUGCCAUUCAUUUUGAAUUUGGCAUGAAUUCAAAAUUAUUGAAUGAAAUGGACAAAUUAUUGGCACUAAAGUCUCUUCAUAAACAGACUUGUCAACAAUGGCUGUCUGUGUUUCAGACUUGGACGAGUGCGAGGCGGGAAGCUCGUGCUGCGAGCAGGACUGUACGAACUAUGCCGGGGGUUACGAAUGCUACUGCGGGGCUGGCUACCGUCUCAACUCGGAUGGGUGUGGCUGUGAUGGUAUGGUCCAUUUAGCAGCAUAACCUCUUUGAUCAAAUGGUAUAAUUUUUUUUCUCGUAAAUGAUCCAUCUACACAAUGUGUCGACUUCCUGUUUACAGACAUAAACAACAGAAUAAAAGUCAGUUUGCUCUCCCCGCUGUAGGCAUGCCUCAAGGGAGGGGGUAAAUUGGAAGAAAAUAAUUGUAGUCUUGGCAGAUUCAAUUCUGUUGUUUACGAAGACACCCUUUGUGUACUAUGAUGUAAUCUCGCUGAACCUAAAGGGCUUUUUAAUGUGGUUUUCCUUAUUAGCGUGCUUGCUGCAGCUUGAACUCUACAGUCGCAGCAAGCACAUAGAUUUUCUUCAGGAAAUGUACCUUUUCUAGUUUUGGUUGUUGAUGUUGCAGAUGUGGAUGAGUGUCUGGUAGACAACGGAGGCUGUGACCAUACCUGCCAGAACACAGCCGGCUCCUUCCAGUGCUACUGUCGCCUAGGACACCGGCUAGACGAGGACCGUCUCUCCUGUAUUCGUAAGUGGAUCGGAAAUUAAUCCUGUCUGGGCGGUAGUCAUGUAGAAAUAAUACUUAGGGCCAGGAGUUUAUCCUGACUUGACCAUAACCUGACUGAGAAAAACUCUGGGCCUUAGUGGUAGGCUAUACCAGGCAGUAGACGUUAUAGGCUGUAACUAGGGCCCAGAGUUUAUGUUAAGAGGCAUGCUAAAGUGGAUAUUAGAAUGGAAACUAAGUGUGCAGAGACAGAGACAAUGACUGUUCUACUUUCUCCCUCCAGCCCUGGAGCGGACAGUAGAGUUCUUGGAGUGGAGCGGUCGCAUCGUGGUGGAGCGCCCUCCACCCCAGAUCACCCUGCUGAGUGACAACUUCCAGCCGCUGGAGCGCUAUGACGACUAUGAGGAGGACAGCCUGGGAGAGCUCCGGGCCCAGAGCACCCUCACCCAGACCUUUGGUAUACAUACACCUGUCGUAACACCUACAUAAGGCAUACAUAAGGCUGUUUUAAUACCCACAUAAGGCAGUCGUAACACCUAUGUAAGCAGCUAAUAAGCACAUCAUAAACAGUUAUUUUUUUUAGAUAGCAAACAAUGUCAAAACUGGCUUUACUCCAAGCUCUCAAUAUAUAUAUAUUGUACCUUUUCUUCCUCUUCCUGCUCCUCCUCCUCCCCAGUGUGUCUAAACGACACGUUUGGCCAUGACUGCAGCCUGACGUGUGACGACUGUUCCAACGGUGGUGUGUGUGACCUGGAGGAGGGACGUUGUGACUGUCCUGAAGGGUGGACAGGCCUCGUCUGCAACCAGAGUGAGUCUCUUCUGCGUCUGAUGCCAUGCAGAGAGAACAAAAUAUACACUAUAUGUACAAAAGUAUGUGGACAGCCCUUCAAAUUAGUGAAUUUGGCGAUUUCAGCCACACCCAUUGCUGACAGGUGUAUAAAAUCAAGCACACAGCCAUGAAAUCUCCAUAGACAAACAAACAUUGGCAGUAGAAUGGCCUUACUGAAGAGCUCCGUGACUUUCAACGUGGCACUGUCAUAGGAUGCCACCUUUCCAACAGGUCAGUGCCCUGCUAGAGCAUUCCCGGUCAACUGUAAGUGCUGUUAUUGUGAAGUGGAAACAUCUAGGAGCAACAACGGCUCAGCUGCGAAGUGGUAGGCCACACAAGCUCACAGGACGGGACCGCCGAGUGCGGAAGUGCGUAGCGCAUAAAAAUCGUCUGUCCUCGGUUGUAACACUCACUACCGAGUUCCAAACUGCCUCUGGAAGCAACGUCAGCAGAAGAACUGCUCGUCGGGAGCUUCAUGAAAUUGGCCGAGCAGCCGCACACAAGCCUAAGAUCCCCAUGCACAAUGCCAAGCGUUGACUGGAGUGGUGUAAAGCUCGCCGCCAUUGGAUUCUGGAGCAGUGGAAAUGCGUUCUCUGGAGUGAUGAAUCAUGCUUCACCAUAUGGCAGUUCGACGGACGAAUCGGUUUUGGUGGAUGCCAGGAGAACGCUACCUGCCCGAAUGCAUAGUGCCAACUGUAAAGUUUGGUGGAGGAGGAAUAAUGCUCUGGGGCUGUUUUUCAUGGUUCGGACUAGGCCCCUUAGAUCCAGUGAAGGGAAAUCUUAACGCUACAGUAUACAAUGACGUUCAAGACGAUUCUGUGCUUCCAACUUUGUGGCAACAGUUUGGGGAAGGCCCUUUCCUGUUUCAGCAUGACAAUGCCCCCUUUGCACAAAGCGAGGUCCAUACAGAAAUGGUUUGUCGAAUUCGGUGUGGAAGAAGUUGACUGGCCUGCACAGAGCCCUGACCUCAACCCCAUCGAACACCUUUGGGAUGCAAGCCAGGCCUAAUCACCCAACAUCAGUCACCGACCUCACUAAUGCUCUUGUGACUGAAUGGAAAGUCCCCCGCAGCAAUGUUCCAACAUUUAAUGGAAAGCCUUCCCAGAAGAGUGGAGGCUGUUAUAGCCACAAAGGGGGGACCAACUCCAUAUUAAUGCCCAUGAUUUUGGAAUGAGAUGGUCGACAAGCAGGUGUCCACAUACUUUUGGUCAUGUAGUCUAUCAAAACAUCAAAAGGGUUUUAAUCCUCAAAGUCACAGGUGUCAUUGAGAACCUGCUGUGUAAUAGUCAACAAAUCCAUUUGGGGUUAACCCAUUCCUGGGUGAAGCUACAUAUGUAUGAUCUUAAUUCAACCAGUAUUGCCAUAGCAAAAUAAUCCUGCAGCAACAGGAUUUGAAUGUUUAGUCCAUAAUGUUGCUUGAUCAGUGGUGAGGCUAUUUGCUGGACAAAAGUAGGCUACAUGAAAAGUACAAUACUGUUAGUAUAACCGCGUGUUAGUGUGGGCUUUCAGUGAAUUUAUGUAAAUCAUGAAACUCUGCUUCAUUUCCUGCAACCCAUAUUAAGAUCCCACAUCUGUAUAAAAGUUUACUACCUUGUGUUUGAAGGGAAUUUCACAUUAUGUCAGACAUAUUUAUCCUACAGAAAUUGCCUAUUUUGAUGACGUAUCAAGCUUUGUUGAGAGAUUUAACACCGUACAUCUGUCUAUGCUUCUCUCACCCUCUCUCUCUCCUUCACUCUGCCUAGCUUGUCUAGAGGGCACCUUUGGCAGGAACUGCCUCUUCAGCUGUAAGUGUAAGAAUGGUGCCACUUGUGACCAUGUGAGCGGGCACUGCCGCUGCCCACCUGGAGUCAGUGGGGACCUGUGCCAGGAUGGUGAGUUGGCACACAUUCAUGUUAUCAUGCAGACCUGGAUCAAAAUAGCAUUGUUUUCUCUUAAAAUGGUACAAGUGAUUUAGAUUACCUGGCAUAAUCGAACCAAUUGAAUUAUCCCAAAAGUGCAAAUAACAAUAUUGGUGCACAUUAUAAUGUGCUAUAAUGUACUCUCUACUCUUGCCUAUGUGUCUCUGUGCUCUGUAGGCUGUCCUAAAGGCCUGUAUGGGAAACUGUGCAAUAAGAAGUGUAACUGUGCCAAUAACGGGCGCUGCCAUCGGACCUACGGAGCCUGCCUAUGUGACCCCGGGCUCUAUGGGCGCUUCUGUCACCUACGUGAGUGGCGUGACAUCUCACUGACUUUCUACUUUCUGUUUCCUUUCUGUCAUUCUUUCACUCCCUGUAGCCAUUUAUUUCAAUUGCCAGACCCAGUGAUUACCUCAAGGAAAGAGUCAUUCCUAGUCCAUCAGGAUCAUACUGUGAUCGGGGGCUGUCAAGCGUCUCAGAGGAUUGCUGAUCGAGGAUCAGGUCCCCUCUGUCCUUGUAAUGUUAUUCAAUGUGAUCUAAAAGGCAAAACUGAUCAAAUAUCAGAACUCCAACUCAGAGAUGCUUUAUAAAUACGGGCCCUGGACCUCUUCCCCUGUACACAGUCAGGUAGUAUUCCUGUGUGCCCUAUCAGGCCUUCAGUCCCGUUUAACCCUUGGUGUGCCGUCUCUACCCAGCAUGUCCUAAGUGGGCGUACGGCCCUGGCUGCUCAGAGGAGUGCCAGUGUCUCCAACAGAACACCCUAGAGUGCCACCGCCGCCAUGGAUCCUGUGUCUGCAAACCAGGCUACCAGGGCAAAAACUGCCAGGAGGGUCAGUGGUUCAGGAGAUGUUCUUCAAGCACUCACACACACACACACACACACACACACACACACACACACACACACACACACAAGCAUGUACACACAUGCAUGUACACACACACAUAAAAACAAACACACACACACACACACAUCAAGGAAGGGUUCAAUCUGACUUAAUCUGGGUCCGGGAAACUGGCCCUAAAUGUGUAACCAGUACUUUUAACCUACUUCUCUAGAGUGUGACAGAGGAUACUAUGGCCUUGCCUGCAAGAGGACAUGUGAGUGUCCAUCAGGGGUACCUUGUGAUCAUGUGACAGGAGAGUGUCUGCGCCAGUGCCCGCCUGGUUUCCAUGGGGACAACUGUGACCAAGGUGGGUACAGUGCAUGGCAUGGCAUGCCAACCCAGACCGAUGCAGAAUAGCACUUCAUUGUCCAUUUAUUGGGAACAGAAAUGUGUAUUUACACUGAACAAAAAUAUAAAUGCAACAUGUAAAGUGUUGGUCCCAGAAAUGUUCCAUAUGCACAAAAAGCGUAUUUCUCAAAAAUGUUGUGAACAAAUUUGUUUACAUCCCUGUUAGUGAGCAUUUCUCCUUUGCCAAGAUAAUCCAUCCACCUGACAGGUGUGGCAUAUCAAGAAGCUGAUUUAAACAGCAUGAUCAUUACACAGGAGCACCUUGUGCUGGGGACAAUAAAAGGCCACUCUAAAAUGUAACACAACACAAUCCCACAGAUGUCUCAAGUUCUGAGGGAGCGUGCAAUUGGUAUGCUGACUGCAGGAAUGUCCACCAGAGCUGUUGCCAGAUAAUUUAAUGUUCAUUUCUCUACCAUAAGCCGCCUCCAAUGUCGUUUUAAAGAAUUUGGCAGUACGUCCAACAGGCCUCACAAAUGCAGACCACGUGUAACCACGCCAGCCCAUGUCCUCCACAUCAGUCUUCUUCACCUGCGGGAUCAUCUGAGACCAGCCACCCGGAGAGCUGAUGAAACUGUGGGUUUGCACAACUGAAGAAUUUCUGCACAAACUAUCAGAAACCGUCUCAGGGAAGCUCAUCUGCGUGCUUGUCAUCCUCACCAGGGUCUUGACCUGACUGCAGUUCGGCGUCGUAACCGACUUCAGUGGGCAAAUGCUCACCUUCGAUGGCCACUGGCACGCUGGAGAAUUGUGCUCUUCACGGAUGAAUCGCUGUUUCAACUGUACCGAGCAGAUGGCAGACAGUGUGUAUGGCGUCUUAUGGGCGAGCGGUUUGCUGAUGUCAACGUUGUGAACAGAGUGCCCCAUGGUGGUGGUGGGGUUAUGGUAUGGGCAGGCAUAAGCUACGGACAACUAACACAAUUGCAUUUUAUCGAUGGCAAUUUGAAUGCACAGAGAUACCGUGACGAGAUCCUGAGGCCCAUUGUCGUGCCAUUCAUCCGCUUCAAUCACCUCAUGUUUCAGCAUGAUAAUGCACGGCCCCAUGUUGCAAGGAUCUGUACACAAUUCCUGGACGCUGAAAAUGUCCCAAUUCUUCCAUGGCCUGCAUACUCAUCAGACCCAUUGAGCAUGUUUGGGAUGCUCUGGACGUGUAUGACAGAGUGUUCCAGUUCCCGCCAAUAUCCAGUAACUUCGCACCACCAUUGAAGAGGAGUGGGACAACAUUCCACAGGCCACAAUCAGCAGCCUGAUCAACUCUAUGCGAAGGAGAUUGUGUUGCGCUGCAUGAGGCAAAUUGUGGUCACACACACCUACUUUUUUUUUAAAGGUAUCUGUGACCAACAGAUUCAUAUCUGUAUUCCCAGUCAUGUGAAAUCCAUAGGUUAGCGCCUAAUGAAUUGAUUUAAAUUGACUGAUUUCCUUAUAUGAACUGUAACUCAGUAAAAUCUUUAAAAUUGUUGCGUUUCUAUUUUUGUUCAAUGUAUUUUUCUCCCUUCUCUAUGAGGUGAGGCGAGGCGACACAACACCAGGGUUGGGGUUAAUUCGAAUUUAUGUCAUUCAAUUUAGGAAAUAAACGGACAUUCCAAUUCAAUAAUUGAAAAAAUUGCUUCCAUUUUAAAUGAUUUCUCGAUAAACUGAAAAGGAGAAGCUAAUCACUUCCUGAAUUGAGUGACUUAAAUUCCAAUGGACCCCAACCCUGCACAACAUGCACUUACACACACAUGCACAGUAUGGGCAUCCACGUCUAUUGCACUCAUUCUCUGUCAUGGCUUGAUUCCAAAGUGACUGGUUUUAUGUUUGUUUUUGCUUGUUUUGUCAUGGAGUUUCUAAUGGACCCACACAGUCUUUCAUGCAUACAGUAGUUCCAGCUAUUUAUGAGUUCAUAGUCUUCCUUUAGAUGUGUUACUCAACACUGGUCUUCUGUUUUCCUCUCUUUUGCUGUUUGUGCUGAGCAGUUACACAAUAAUCAACAGGAGGUUGGGGGGGGGGGGGGGGGGGGGCCCGGUCUCCCUUACUGCAUCAUUGUAUAAUACCGACACGUUAAAACAGUUCUCCAGACAUUGUAAAAAAUCGGAUCAUUCGCUUACUAUGGCAUUGGUGUAUCUUGAACUCAUCUGUUCUGUUCGUGUGUGUGUGUGUGUGGGGGGGGGGGGGGGGGCAGUAACUGAAAGGUCGCUGGUUCAAAUCCCUGAGCCGACUAGUCUGUACCCUUGAGCAAGGCACUUAACCGUAAUUGCUACUGUAAGUUGCUCUGGAUAAGAAUGUUGGCUAAAUGACUUAAAUGUGUAGUGAGAUACCUAAUGGCGCUGGUGAUGGGGGUAUAUGCUAGUGGGUCUGGGCAGGUGUGAUGUUUGUAUUAUGUUGUCGUUUGUAUGUUUUCUAUUGUUUAUAAAAUAUAAUCUUACACAAACAAAAGACUAAAAUGUAAAAAAUGUAUGUGUAUGUUUUACUGCAGCGUUUUGGCCACACUGACAGGCAGCUGUGUGAAUGUGUGGGACGGAGGCUUCUUGACCUCAGGGUGAUGUUCUGGGAACCGGAGCUGUCCUUUGGGUCUGCUUCCUCCAUCCAUCCCUCCCUCCCUCUAUCUUUUCACUUAUCCCUCCUCUUUCCCACUAAGACAUCAAUGGACCUAGCUGGAUGGUCAUUGUGUGAUGGAUGUACUCAAACUCUGUGGGAGAUAGAGGUGUGUUUGUGUGUGUGUGUGUGUUUGUGUGUUUCCAUACACACAUGCUUGCGUCCGUGAGAGUGUGUGUGUGGGGAGGUGAACUUACUGCAUAAGUCAGUAACUAUAUUACUGUUUGUGUGUCUGCGUGUGUAUAUAGCUAUGCAUGUGUGUGCUUGUGUGUGUGUAUCUAUGUGUGUCCGUGUAUGUGUGUGGGUCAAUAAGACGGAAAUAACCGGAAUAGUUUCACUGAAACACCAAGUUGGUGUUGAGUUGCUUGUCAUCUGGAAGCCAUGAAGCGUCCAGAGCCUUGCAUCUGCACUCAAUUAGGAACAUCGGGGAAUCGUGCCUGGAUAGCUUCUCUUACUUCCCCCGUCUGUCUAUCUGCCUCUCUCUUACUGUAUGUUUUGCAACCUUUCCCUCCGUUUUCAUUUGGAUACUCUGGGCACUGUGGAGGGGAAGGAUACCCUCAGUCUUUAAACAAGUAAACAGGGUCUCUCUCUCUCUCUCUCUCUCUCUCUCUCUCUCUCUCUCGGCAUUUAUCGAAUCAAUCCAUUUUACUAGAGAGUGCACAUCGCUGGUUUCCCAUGUACAUCAACAUUACAUAUGUAGGAUCUUAAUUUGAUCGCCAUGUUGUUCCAGGAAAGUUCAGGUACAGCAGGAAAUGCAAACUUGUAAUGUAUUUAAGGUUUAAAAGGGCUUCUAAUGUUUGUAAUUGUUUCUAAUUAGCUGCUUCUCACACUCCACCUCCCUUCACAUUUCUCUCUCUACUCACCCUUUUCUGAACCAUGAUGAUGUAGGCUAUGUUUUUGAACAGCUAAAAUAAAAACACUGCAGCGAUUUGAACGAACAUUCAAGGCCAUUAUGAAGGCUACAACCUUUCUGUAUGUUGUAACGGAUAUUGCAGUUGCACAAGCAGGACGCAGUCUCUACACAUUGCAUUGUGAUGAUGUAGGCUAAUCUUCGUAGUUGCUGCCGUAUCGUAGGCACUAGCCUGACUUGCUGAAAAAGAACACUACUUCUUUGACUGCCUUGCCUGUCUGCCUCCUACUUAGCCAAUGUUUUCAAUGAUGAUUAAAAAAUAACAUUAAAUCGACUGUGUGUGUCUGUGUCUUGCUUGUGUUUGAUAUGCUGCCUAGAUAGCUGCAUGUAACUCCCCACUUGAGUUUUGCAUUGGGGCAAAAAACGAUCUGCGAGUUUGUACGAACAUAUUAAUCAUGUACAUAGCUGCAUGUAGCCUAACUCCCCUCCUGAAAAGAAAUAACAUGAAAUCGUCCUUAUGCUUAAUAUCCUACUGAGGCAUGGAAUGCAAUAGUUUGAACAUGUCGACCAUGUUCUUUGUGUACAACAUGAAGUUUAUAGGCUACACUAGACAAAGGCGUUCAUCGCCGAUCAAGGAGGGGGAAGCGGCAGUGGAGCACUGAGCAGCAGCUACGUAGGCAGCGUAGUAGGCAGCAGCUAUGUAAAACAAAAUCCUGCACAUGAGGAGAAAUCUCAGUAUCUUUAACCCCGGCAAAUCGGGUUUCCAGAAAAUCGGGCACAGCAGCUACUCCGUAAUUAUAAUCCACAUAAUAAUUCACAUUUCCUGUUGCUGCAGGAUUAUUUUCCUGCUGUGAGAAACGGUUCAAAUUAAGAUCCUACACCUGUAGCAGAUGGGGAGUUACAGGACAUGCUGUGCUAGAUCGAUCCACCUUUCACAGGCCAAGACAAACUGAUGCAGGAUAAGCAGAUGGUGUCCAACACACAUCCACAGAUAUUUCCUACGUAUCAAUUCAAUCGGAACAUAUUAGUUCAAUUGUGGGUAGCCAAACAGUUGUGUAAGCAUAAAAUACUUUUUCAUCUGUAUAUCAUCAUACUAUCUGUCAAUGAAUCAUGAACGUCUGUGUGUGUGUCCUCUCUCACAGACUGCCUGAAGGGUCGCUACGGGGCUGGAUGUAACCAAUUGUGCCACUGCUCUGGCGCGCCAUGUGACAAGGUGACAGGACAGUGCCACUGCCUUGCCGGUGUGACUGGACAGCACUGUGAGACUGGUAAGGACGGGUGGCAACAUGCUAAUAGGGCAUGUGGGGGGCAUGGGGGAAGAGGAACAGGGAUGAUGGGUGGAGGGGUUUCCAAUCACUAGAUAAAAAAUAUUUGUUAUAUUGCUGUCUUUUGCUACGCAAACAUCCAAUGACAUUUGUCAGGCACUAGGAAGCUAGAGUAUCAACAGUACACAACAUAGAGCUGUCACAGAAAACCUCAACUUCCAAGGUGUUUGAAAAACAAGGAAAACUAGAGAGAAGAACCAGUACUCCUAGAACUGGAGCCCAUCCUCAUCUGGCUGGCCCAGGCAUAAUGACAAAUCCAAUAGGAAUAUCCUGGCAUACCGGCAUGGAAAAAUCCCUGUGCCGCAGUAUAAGCCAUGGUCGGUCCUCUUUACAAGCCCUCUUCAAAUCAGCAUGGGAUGGGCUGGCCAGAGACGCAGCAGUAUGUGUGUUACAUUCAACAAUGUGACCGCACAUCUAUCUCCAACUGCUAACUAUAGUAAAACAAUCCAAAAAACAUGUUAUGAUUCCAUCUCUGAUGUCUUUCCAUUCGGGUCCAUUUGAGCUUCUCCUGGACAUUGUUGUGAAUACGAGCUCCUUGGAGGAGGAGAUGGAACUGAGUCUGGCAGAGUUAGCGCUUAAGUUCCACACUGUUGUGUCCCAAAUGGCACCCUAUUCCCCACAUAGUGCACUACUUUGGACCAGGGCUCUGGGAAUAGGGUGCCAUUUGGGAUGCAACGAGUGUCUUUACUCAACCUUGUUCACCUCUGGCUGAGGUAAACAUGAACCGAAAUGGCACGGAAAAUGAUGCGGCAGCUAAAGCAUCGGAGCAUCUCUUCAUUCACUUCUUCACAGGAAGAGUACAAUAUGGACCCAGAAAAACAAUGUUAACACAAAAAAAGGAAUGUGCACCCAUUACAGUACACAUGCGAGAGAUGGAUAGUGAGGAAGAGAGAAGGAGAGAGAGAGACAGAUCAAGAGUACUCGUGGUCAGAAAAGACCUCUGUAGCGAGUUAUACAUAUUUUAAAACAGCAGUUUAUAAUAAUAAUAUAAUAUGCCAUUUAGCAGACGCUUUUAUCCAAAGCGACUUAGUCAUGUGUGCAUACAUUUUUACAUAUGGGUGGUCCCGGGGAUCGAACCCACUACCCUGGUGUUACAAGCGCCAUGCUCUACCAAUUGAGCUACAGAGGACCACCCACCCAAAUGUAUCAAAUUAGAUUUUCAAAGAAGACAUUGGAAUCACUACUCUGUUCUUUCUUUCGUCAUAGAACACUGGUCAGAAUAAUAAUGCUGAAUAGUAAUAGCCCCGUAUGGAGAAUAUAACAUUUAAUUCACAUUCACCAUGGACAGCUUUGGAGUCUUUUUCUCUCACACUUUUUCGCUCUCUCACAAUGUUUCUCUCUUGCUCUCUCUCUCUCCGUCUGUUUGUUUGUUAGAGUGUGAGGAGGGUCAGUGGGGUGUGGGCUGCUCAGGUUCCUGUCCUCGCUGUCAGAACGGGGGAGUGUGUGACAAACACAAUGGAACGUGCCACUGCCAACCUGGAUACACGGGCACCCUGUGUCAGAGCGGUGAGAGACACACGUGCACAAACACACUAGUUACCACUCAGACUUAGUAUAAUUGUAGGGGUGGGGGAAGAAAUGUAUACAGUAGAGUAUCGCAAUAUUAUUUUUGCAAAUGUAAUAUUGACACUGUGACCAAGUGGCGCAGUGGUCUAAGGCACUGCAUCACAGUGCUAGCUGUGCCACUAGAGAUCCUGGUUUGAAUCCAGGCUCUGUUGUAGCCGGCCGCGACCGGGAGACCCAUGGGGCGGCGCGCAAUUGGCCCAGCAUUGUCCAGGGUAGGGGAGGGAAUGGCCGGCAGGGAUGUAGCUCAGUUGAUAGAGCAUGGCGUUUGCAACGCCAGGGUUGUGGGUUCGAUUCCCACAGGGGGUAUGAAAAAAAAUGAUGUAUGCACUAACUGUAAGUCGCUCUGGAUAAGAGCGUCUGCUAAAUGACGUAAAUGUAAAUGUAUUGAUUAGUAAAAAUAAAUAAAAACAAAAAAAUAUAUAUUUUUUGCUUGGUUGUUAAGUUAGCUAGCGCUAGUCGGCUGUACCUGUGCCAAAACUUAUUUCUCAGCCUAUAGCUUGUUCUCACUGUUUUAAAUGGUGUGCCAACAUGUUUUGAGCACUUAUCUCAUGGCUCUCUCUUGUUCCUCUUCAGCAGACAUAUAGUGAGCAAUAUGUUUAAAACAUUGAAUCACAAUAAAAUUGCAGUAUCGAAUCGCAAUACGUGAUACAUAUAGAAUCGCAACACAUAUUGUAUCGGCACCUAAGUAACGUGAUAACACUAUCAUGAGGCCCCUGGUAAUUCCUAGCCCUAUAUAAUUUACCAUACCAUCUCUCUCUCGUAGUCUGCCCGUUGGGUAGAUUUGGCCUGGGUUGCCAGCUACGCUGUCGGUGUGAUAACGGUGGGCGCUGCCACCCGGUGACAGGCCGCUGUGCCUGUCCUGAAGGAUGGACUGGACCCAGCUGCAGUAGAGGUAAGGCUGACGGCCUGUGAGCCACAAUCAAUACUGUAGUACUUUAUGAUCCCCCUACCACUCAGACCUGGGUUCAAAUCAAAUAUUAUUUUAAUCUGAUUGAUUUGAUUGAGUUUCCCUGGCACAAGGGAACCAAUAGAAGAGUCGAAAAAUUGUGAACCCUGCCCAUCUGGCUAAAGAAACGUAUUUGAAAGAAUACAUAUAGUAGUUGAACGCAGGUCUGCUACCACUGGCUUGUAAUAAGUGAUAAUAACCCAUAAGAAUCUAAACUCUGUCUAAUCCGGGGGAGGGGGUUCUACUAAGCUAUAUGGAAUUGUUUUAAGGUCAUACCAAGGAUCAUUUUGCUAUUUGAUUUUGAAUUUUAAGACCCCUUGAAGGAUAACAAAACUAUGUAUAUGUUGUUUUUAAUUAAACAUUUUAUUUGGCCUUACUGCUAUUAGCCCAUACAAACGCAUUGAAUAACAGAUUCACUACAUGGAACAACAGAUAGUCCCCCCAAAAAAUCUAAAGGAAGUUUGUUCUGAAGUGUCUGUCCUAUACAUGUAUCUGAGAAAUACAGUAUAUUCAGAAAGUAUUCAGACCCCUUGACUUUUUCCACAUUUUGUUAUGUUACAGCCUUAUUCUAAAAUUGAUUAAAUCGUUUUUUCCCCCUCAUCAAUCUACACACAAUACCCCAUAAUGACAAAGCAAAAACAGGUUUAGACAUUUUUGCAAAUGUAUAAAAAUAUAUAUAUAUCACAUUUAUAUUCUGUAAGUAUUCAGACCCUUUACUCAGUACUUUGUUGAAGCCCCUUUGGCAUCGAUUACAGCCUUGAGUUAUCUUGGGUAUGACGCUACAAGAUUGGCACACCUGUAUUUGGGGAGUUUCUCCCAUUCUUCUCUGCAGAUCCUCUCAAGCUCUGUCAGGUUGGAUGGGGAGCGUCGCUGCACAACUAUUUUCAGGUCUCUCCAGAGAUGUUCGAUUGGGGUCAAGUCCGGGCUCUGGCUGGGCCACUCAAGGACAUUCAGAGACUUGUCCCGAAGCCACUCCUGCAUUGUCUUGGCUGUGUGCUUAGGGUCAUUGUCCUGUUGGAAGGUGAACCUUCGCCCCAGUCUGAGGUCCUGAGCACUCUGGAGCAGGUUUUCAUCAAGGAUCUCUCUGUACUUUGCUCCAUUCAUCUUUCCCUCGAUCCUAACUAGUCUCCCAGUACCUGCCGCUGAGAAACAUCCCCACAGCAUGACGCUGCCUCCCCUACGCUUCACCGUAGGGAUGGUGCCAGGUUUCCUCCAGACGUGACACUUGGCAUUCAGGCCAAAGAGUUCAAUCUUGGUUUCAUUAGACCAGAGAAUCUUGUUUCUCAUGGUCUGAGAGUCUUUAGGUGCCUUUUGGCCAACUCCAAGCGGGCUGUCAUGUGCCUUUUACUGAGGAGUGGAUUCCGUCUGGCCACUCUACCAUAAAGGCCUGAUUGGUGGAGUGCUGCAGAGAUGGUUGUCCUUCUGGAAGGUUCUCCCAUCUCCCCAGAGGAACUCUGGAGCUCUGUUAGAGUGACCAUCGGGUUCUUGGUCAACUCCCUGACCAAGGCCCUUCUCCCCCGGUUGCUCAGUUUGGCUGGGCGGCCAGCUCUAGGAAGAGUCUUGGUGGUUCCAAACUUCUUCCAUUUAAGAAUGAUGGAGGCCACUGUGUUCUUGGGGACCUUCAAUGCUGCAUAAAUGGUACCCUUCCACAGAUCUGUGUCACGAUACAAUCCUGUCUCGGAGCUCUACGGACAAUUCCUUCGACCUCAUGGCUUGGUUUUUGCUCUGACAUGCACUGUCAACUGUGGGACCUUAUAUAGACAGGUGUGUGCCUUUCCAAAUCUUGUCCAAUCAAUUGAAUUUACCACAGGUGGACUCCAAUCAAGUUGUAGAAACAUCUCAAGGAUGAUCAAUGGAAACAGGAUGCACCUGAGCUCAAUUUCGAGUCUCAUAGUAAAGGGUCUGAAUUCUUAUGUAUUCUUAUAAAUUUGCACACAUUUCUAAAAACCUGUUUUCGCUUUGUCAUUAUGGGGUAUUGUGUGUAGAUUGGUGAGUACAUUAAAAAAUAUAUAUACAGUGAAGGAAAAAAGUAUUUGAUCCCCUGUUGAUUUUGUAUGUUUGCCCACUGACAAAGACAUGAUCAGUCUAUAAUUUUAAUGGUAGGUUUAUUUGAACAGUGAGAGACAGAAUAACAACAAAAAAAUCCAGAAAAACGCAUGUCAAAAAUGUUAUAAAUUGAUUUGCAUUUUAAUGAGGGAAAUAAGUAUUUGACACCUCUGCAAAACAUGACUUAGUACUUGGUGGCAAAACCCUUGUUGGCAAUCACAGAGGUCAGACGUUUCUUGUAGUUGGCCACCAGGUUUGCACACAUCUCAGGAGGGAUUUUGUCCCACUCCUCUUUGCAGAUCUUCUCCAAGUAAUUAAGGUUUCAAGCCUGACAUUUGGCAACUCGAACGUUCAGCUCCCUCCACAGAUUUUCUAUGGGAUUAAGGUCUGGAGACUGACUAGGCCACUCCAGGACCUUAAUGUGCUUCUUCUUGAGCCACUCCUUUGUUGCCUUGGCCGUGUGUUUUGGGUCAUUGUCAUGCUGGAAUACCCAUCCACGAUCCAUUUUCAAUGCCCUGGCUGAGGGAAGGAGGUUCUCACCCAAGAUUUGACGGUACAUGGCCCUGUCCAUCGUCCCUUUGAUGCAGUGAAGUUGUCCUGUCCCCUUAGCAGAAAAACACCCACAAAGUAUAAUGUUUCCACCUCCAUGUUUGACGGAUGGUGUUCUUGGGGUCAUAGGCAGCAUUCCUCCUCCUCCAAACACGGCGAGUUGAGUUGAUGCCAAAGAGCUCGAUUUUGGUCUCAUCUGACCACAACACUUUCACCCAGUUCUACUCUGAAUCAUUCAGAUGUUCAUUGGCAAACUUCAUACGGCCCUGUAUAUGUGCUUUCUUGAGCAGGGGGACCUUGCGGGCGCUGCAGGAUUUCAGUCCUUCACGGCGUAGUGUGUUACCAAUUGUUUUCUUGGUGACUAUGGUCCCAGCUGCUUUGAGAUCAUUGACAAGGUCCUCCCGUGUAGUUCUGGGCUGAUUCUUCACCAUUCUCAUGAUCAUUGCAACUCCAGGAGGUGAGAUUUUGCAUGGAGCCCCAGGCCGAGGGAGAUUGACUGUUAUUUUGUGUUUCUUCCAUUUGCGAAUAAUCGCACCAACUGUUGUCACCUUCUCACCAAGCUGCUUGGCGAUGGUCUUGUAGCCCAUUCCAGCCUUGUGUAGGUCUACAAUCUUGUCCCUGACAUCCUUGAAGAGCUCUUUGGUCUUGGCCAUGGUGGAGAGUUUGGAAUCUGAUUGAUUGAUUGCUUCUGUGGACAGGUGUCUUUUAUACAGGUAACAAGCUGAGAUUAGGAGCACUCCCUUUUAAGAGUGUGCUCCUAAUCUCAGCUCGUUACCUGUAUAAAAGACACCUCGGAGCCAGAAAUCUUUCUGAUUGAGAGGGGGUCAAAUACUUAUUUCCCUCAUUAAAAUGCAAAUCAAUUUAUAACAUUUUUGACAUGCGUUUUUCUGGAUUUUUUUGUUGUUAUUCUGUCUCUCACUGUUCAAAUAAACCUACCAUUAAAAUUAUAGACUGAUCAUUUCUUUGUCAGUGGGCAAACGUACAAAAUCAGCAGGGGAUCAAAUACUUUUUUCCCUCACUGUAUAUAUUUUAGAAUAAGGCAAAAAGUCAAGGGGUCUGAAUACAUUCCGAAUGCACUGUAUAAGAAAUAUCAGGAAACAUCUUUAUUUUUUAUGUGUAUUUAACCCCUUAUUUUUGGCACUAAACAGUGUCCAUAUAUUCACUGAACAAAAAUAUAAACGCAACAUGUAAAGUGUUGGUCCCAUAUUACAUUAGCUGAAGUAAAUAAUCCCCAACAUUUUCCAUACGCACAAAAACCUUCUUUCUCUUAAAUUUUUGGCACAAGUUUGUUUACAUCCCUGUUAGUGAGCAUUUCUCCUUUGCCAAGAUAAUCCAUUCACCUGACAGGUGUGGCAUAUCAAGAAGUUGAUUAAACAGCAUGAUCAUGACACAGGUGCACUUUGUGUUGGGGACAAUAAAAGUCCACUUUAAAAUGUGCAGUUUUGUCACACAACACAAUGCCACAUAUGUCUCAAGUUUUGAGGGAGCAUGCAAUUGGCAUGCUGACUGCAGGAAUGUCCACAAGAGCUGUUGCCAGAGAAUUGAAUGUUAAUUUCUCUACCUUAAGCUGUGGGGGGGACCUUCAGACGAGUUCCGGGGGACCUUCAGACGAGUCCUGUGAAGCCUGUGGGCGUCCUAGAGCAAAACAACCGACAUGUACAGUGGGGAAAAAAAGUAUUUAGUCAGCCACCAAUUGUGCAAGUUCUCCCACUUAAAAAGAUGAGAGAGGCCUGUAAUUUUCAUCAUAGGUACACGUCAACUAUGACAGAUAAAUUGAGAAUUAGUUUUCCAGAAAAUCACAUUGUAGGAUUUUUAAUGAAUUUAUUUGCAAAUUAUGGUGGAAAAUAAGUAUUUGGUCACCUACAAACAAGCAAGAUUUCUGGCUCUCACAGACCUGUAACUUCUUCUUUAAGAGGCUCCUCUGUCCUCCACUCGUUACCUGUAUUAAUGGCACCUGUUUGAACUUGUUAUCAGUAUAAAAGACACCUGUCCACAACCUCAAACAGUCACACUCCAAACUCCACUAUGGCCAAGACCAAAGAGCUGUCAAAGGACACCAGAAACAAAAUUGUAGACCUGCACCAGGCUGGGAAGACUGAAUCUGCAAUAGGUAAGCAGCUUGGUUUGAAGAAAUCAACUGUGGGAGCAAUUAUUAGGAAAUGGAAGACAUACAAGACCACUGAUAAUCUCCCUCGAUCUGGGGCUCCACGCAAGAUCUCACCCCGUGGGGUCAAAAUGAUCACAAGAACGGUGAGCAAAAAUCCCAGAACCACACGGGGGGACCUAGUGAAUGACCUGCAGAGAGCUGGGACCAAAGUAACAAAGCCUACCAUCAGUAACACACUACGCCGCCAGGGACUCAAAUCCUGCAGUGCCAGACGUGUCCCCCUGCUUAAGCCAGUACAUGUCCAGGCCCGUCUGAAGUUUGCUAGAGUGCAAUUGGAUGAUCCAGAAGAGGAUUGGGAGAAUGUCAUAUGGUCAGAUGAAACCAAAAUAUAACUUUUUGGUAAAAACUCAACUCGUCGUGUUUGGAGGACAAAGAAUGCUGAGUUGCAUCCAAAGAACACCAUACCUACUGUGAAGCAUGGGGGUGGAAACAUCAUGCUUUGGGGCUGUUUUUCUGCAAAGGGACCAGGACGACUGAUCCGUGUAAAGGAAAGAAUGAAUGGGGCCAUGUAUCGUGAGAUUUUGAGUGAAAACCUCCUUCCAUCAGCAAGGGCAUUGAAGAUGAAACGUGGCUGGGUCUUUCAGCAUGACAAUGAUCCCGAACACACCGCCCGGGCAACGAAGGAGUGGCUUCGUAAGAAGCAUUUCAAGGUCCUGGAGUGGCCUAGCCAGUUUCCAGAUCUCAACCCCAUAGAAAAUCUUUGGAGGGAGUUGAAAGUCCGUGUUGCCCAGCGACAGCCCCAAAACAUCACUGCUCUAGAGGAGAUCUGCAUGGAGGAAUGGGCCAAAAUACCAGCAACAGUGUGUGAAAACCUUGUGAAGACUUACAGAAAACGUUUGACCUGUGUCAUUGCCAACAAAGGGUAUAUAACAAAGUAUUGAGAAACUUUUGUUAUUGACCAAAUACAUAUUUUCCACCAUAAUUUGCAAAUAAAUUCAUUAAAAAUCCUACAAUGUGAUUUUCUGGAGAAAAAAAAUCUAAUUUUGUCUGUCAUAGUUGACGUGUACCUAUGAUGAAAAUUACAGGCCUCUCUCAUCUUUUUAAGUGGGAGAACUUGCACAAUUGGUGGCUGACUAAAUACUUUUUUUCCCCACUGUACGUGUUCAUGAGAGUCUUACCUAUCCACGACGAGACACAAAACGGAGAACACCAUCGUGUUCGUGAGAGUCUCAUCUUUCCAUCGUGGAGUCAUAAUAGUAUGUAGGCCAAACCAUUCGGACGCUACAGACGAUUUUGUAAGAAGACCGAUUUUCUGGAUAUCUCAUGGCCUGACAAACACUGCUCUAGCUCUGUCAAAUUCACCGCAGAUGCGGAAGUGCGACAUAGGCGGAUGCGGUGGAUUGAGAUGCAUCCAAUUCAAAACACAGAUAUUUCUAACUUAAACUGACAGGUUUUUAUAGGGAUUUGUUAAUUAUGCUAAUUAGUUUUCCGCGGGGGUGUGGACAUCAACCUUAGGGGGAUAACACUGUACCUCAUUAGUUGGUUCUUUUUUUGAUCAUUUUCACUUUGAUUUGGAGAGACAUUUUAAAUACUGAAAGGUCUGGUGCGUCUGAAAUGGCACUCUAUUCUCCCUAUAGGCCCCCUACCCAGUUGUGGAGGUCAUGACUUUUGACCUCUGACCUCUGUCUCCAUGGUAGCAUGUGACGCCGGGCGCUGGGGUGUGGACUGUGCCAACGUGUGUGAGUGCCCGGGCAAUGAUGGCAGCUGUGACAUCAUCACGGGACAGUGUCACUGUGAGGCGGGCUACACGGGACCAAGCUGCCAACAGAGUACAAAGAUAAAUAUUGCCUUUCUAGAGUGUGUGUGUGUGUGUGUGUGUGUGUGUGUGUGUGUGUGUGUGUGUGUGUGUGUGUGUGUGUGUGUCAGUGGAGGCUGGUGAUUAGAAAAAUGUAGGUGGAUGGGAGACCCUCGGUAUAGGCGCAGACCGCUCGGCGACAACAAAGCGUCUUUCAAAAAUUGAGACACAGCAACCAACCAAGCCGACUCGCGCUAUAGUAGACUAAAUGUUGCCAUAGGUAGGUUAUUUAUCCUCCAAUGUGAUUACGUAGUACCUGUCUUGACUGCAUCAAACCAGGAGAAGCUAGCUAAGCGAGCUAGCUAGCUAGGCUAAUUGAGGCUGCACGCACUUUCUCGUCCUACACAGUUACAAACAACAACAACUUCAUUCAAAAUAUAAAGUAGCAGCCUGCCUGUUCUUAGUUGUUGUAGCCUAUCCUUCUCCUUUAACUUUUAAUUCCAUCUUCCAUUGAUUAGAUAUCUCCUCACUUUUGCCCCACACGGAGGCUCUAUGACUGUAGCCUAUUGCCACUUUGAUGACUUAUGAUUGGCCAACAACAACAAGCUACACGCGCCACUCUUGUGAAAAUCAAAGAGCAGCAGCAUGAAUUGUACUAUUUCUCUCUCUCUCUCUACUGCAGCGUUCGGAUCUGUAUGGGUCCUUCCGGACAAGUCAGUUAAAAUUACACAUACCCAAGACCUGUGACAAUCAUAUCAGAUCAGACCCAGACCCAUGACAUUAUUUAGAAUUCUGGAUUCGGAUGCGCUCGGGUCCCGGAUCGGGUCUCAGGUAUUCAGGUACAGGUGGAUCUGUGAAGACCUCUUGUUCAGAGGCUUGACUUCAGUGCAAGACAGGGUUGAGGUGUUCAGAGGCUUCAGUGCAGGACAGGCUCAUCAUGGAUGGAUGAUGUUGGAGAAGAGCUCAACUCUUCCACUGAGGGCAGGACAGGAUUUGAAUUGGAAGACAAAAAAACAAUAACACAACACAGUUAGACAAAAGAGCUAAGAAUGAGUAAUAAUGUGAUUGUGUUUGUGAUUGUGAUUGACUCUACAUACAGUAAUGAGAGAAAAUUGACAGGGCUACUCACAGUGCUUGGAGAGGAAACAUUCAAUGUUCCAGUGGAUGAGGGCUCAUAAAACAUGGUUUAAGUUCAUGUCAGGGGAGAGUUGACACUGGUAGUGGAGUGGAGUGGUCGUCACCUCUUAAUCAGGGAACAAAAGGCAGAUACAAAUAGCAGAUACAUUCCAUUACAGCAGUGCCAUCAUAGGUUUGGGCAACAAGUUUCUCCAUAAAGUUAAAGGCCGAUCUACUAAGCUAACAAAUGAAAUUGUUAUAAGAUUGUCAUACCAUGGAUAAUUUAUCUAUUUGAUUUUGAAUUUUAGGACCCCUGUAGGUAUAAAAUAAAUAUAUUUUUUAAUGAUUUUAUAAAAUAUUGAAUUUGGCCUUUACUACUAUAGCCCAUAGAAAUGCAUUGAAGAGCACAUUCAUAAAUGGCCAAAAAUUAAUCAUGAGGAAAAAGGUUGUGUAGUGUCUGUACGAAAGCUCAGGAAAUAUUUAAGUUUUUUUAACCCCUUUUUUUGUAGGCACAAAACUACCUACAUACUUCCAUUCAUUUUUUAAAACUGGGACCAGGUUACCUUUAGACUAGUGCAGUGACGCUUGGUUGUAGAGCCAUUGUGUUCAUGAGAAUCCCCCUGUGUUCGUGAGAAUCCCCCCUUUCAAUAGAGUGGUUAUAUUAGUUAGUAGGCCAAACCGUUCGGACGCUACAGAUGUUUCCGUGAGAAGACCGAUUUUCUCCUGGUCUGAAAAACUGUGCUGUAGCUCUGCCACUUUCCACUGCAGAUGCGGAAGGCCGGAUGCGGUGGAUUGAGACGCAGUCCAUGCAAAAAAACAGAUAUCUCUAGCUUAAACUGACAGAUUCUGAUGGGGAUUUUUUAAAUUCUGUUACUUAGAUUGACACAUCAAUGUAGCCCAAGAAACAUUCCUGAAUAAAGACCUGAUCAUCCACAUACUUGAUGGCCCCACAGGUCGGAGAGUGGUGGGGCAAUAUUUUUCUUCCCUGGGGCUCAGCGUUUUUGCUUAUCUGGUAACCUAACCAGAUAAAACUCUGCAACCUAUAGGGUAUGACAGUGAUUAAUUACUGGUUUUAUAUGGGCUAUGAUGGGACCAGUGUUUCUAAUCAGGCCACAUGGUUUUAAACUCCAGGGCCUUUGGAGGAUGAAAACCCUGUCAAACUACAGCAACCUUGUACUUGCUCAUAUGAAUUAUAUUUAGACCCGUUCCGAAAAUGGAUCCGUGGCUUUUCCACCUGACCCGAUAUGCAUAAAUAAAUAAUAAUUAAACGGAGACCCGUUCGGAAUGGACCCGAGGACAGUCCGACCCAUUCCGAAAAGGCCAGUGGAAAAACAGACCCAAACCGACCCGUGCUGGUUCGGAUCCGAGAGACCCGUUCAGAUCUGAGAAUAGAAAGAGCGAGAGAAAGAAACCUCCUACUGGGUGCUGCCAACGCCAUCAAUAAACAGGCAAUAUUGGCCAAUUGAUCCACAGUUACUGUCUGAGAUUUUAGUGCAAGCCCUAGAGAGACCGAGAGAAAAAUAGAGAUAUGCCGGUGCCAUGUUCUUUAUCCUUCUCAGACUGCUAUGCAGAUAUACAGUGCAUUCGGAAAGUAUUCAGACCCCUUGACUUUUUCCACAUUUUGUUACGUUAAUCUGCAAAUAGUCUCGUUUUCAUCCCAUACAGAUACAGAUGUCAGAUCGCUAAUGUUUAGGUGUAGCCUAGGCUGCUGCAACAUUUAUGUAAAUAGUUUUUGCUUGUGUCUGUCGGGAGUUAUGAUGUGUUAACAUCACGUUUGCAAAAUAAAUAUCGGAGAAAAGUGAAAGCACACUUGAGCGCGUUGUGCAAAAAAAUGAUCUGCUUCAACCUCCCACUGGGCACAGAUGUCAAUACAAUGUCUAUUCCACGUUGGUUGAACGUAAUUUCGUUGAAAUGAUGUGGAAACAAUGUUGAUUCAACCAGUGUGUGCCCAAUAGGCUUUUUUUUAAAAUAUAACUUUUAACAGAUGAUGUGAUGGAAGCUAUCAAAUCAUUUUGAAUUGAUUUCGACAUCCCAGAGAACACAGCAGAAACGUCCAUCACAUCAAAGCAUCGUAAUGUGCAAUUACUUCUGCAAACUCCUUGUAGUUGCUCUUGUUUCCCUCUCAUCGUGCCCCUAAGUAAAAGCCAACUCUUGCAUGGCCAAAAAUGCAGUAUUGUUGAUAAGCUAUUUCUUCUUACCUUCUCGUUUGUCUUGUGCAGUUUGAAUAAGCAGACCUUCAUCAAUGUGGCUUUUUCCAAGAAGCUUGAAUCUGAUGUGGGCAAUGAAAGUGGUUCUUCAACAAAAAAUCCACUACAUUGUCGUUAGCGUUAGCCAUUCUGGCAGAGAAAACUGCACUCUGGUAGCUAGCUAGCUAUUUGCUACUGAGGUGUGGCAAGGCUCAAAUAUACAAUUCUAAAACCAAGAAAACAAUAUAUAAUCUACCUCCUCCGUCACCUGUAGUGUAAAGAAAGUAAUUUGAAUUGAAUAAUAUCCUAAAAACUAUAACUAUUCACUAAAUCAAUCUCAAUCUAUCCAACAAUGUCACCAACUCACAAAAAUCACACAUGCGUAGUAAUAAGUUAAUUCUCUGAUCCUUUGAUUGGAUGGACAACAUGUUAGUGCAUACUGCAAAAGCUUUGAUUGGUUGCAGGACGUGUUCUGGAAGUAGAGUCACAGAGGAAGGCUGUGCUUCUCUGGUCUUUCUGGUAUCUUAAACCUCUCACACCUGAGAGAGCUGGACUUGAGUAUAGAAAGACUCAGAAGUGAAGCUUUUACUAUGUACUGUAGGUCUAUGGAAGGGGGUGAGGAGCACAAGCCUCCUAGGUUUUGUAUUGACGUCAAUGUAGCCAGAGGAGGAUAGAAAAUAGCUGUCCUCCGGCUACACCAUGGUGCUACCCUAGAGGGUACUAUUGAGACUACUGUAAACAUUCACUUUAAAACAGUGUGUUUUAAUCAGGUAUUUGGUGACAUUAAUAUAUUUAGUAUAGUUUUAUCUAAAAGGAUAAUUUUUCUGAAAUUCACUGAGCAAGAUGGUCCUCCCCUUUCUUCCUCUGAGGAGCCUACACUGGUGUGUGUGUGUGUGCGUGCAUGUGCAUGUGCGUGGGUGUAGAUGUGUGUUACUGUACAUACACUAGCUGGGUUGGGGCCUUCUCUGCCUGACACUGUUUAAUAACAAAGUCACUAGCAUGGAGAAGUGUUUUAGUUUCUCUCUAAGCUCUCUCUCUCUGCUCCGGUGCUGAAACAGAGUGCCCAGAGGGCUCCUUUGGCGCUGGCUGCAGACGCAGGUGCCAGUGUGCCAACGAGGCGGCCUGUGAGCAUGUGGGUGGAGCCUGCACCUGCCUGCCUGGUUGGACCGGCACCUACUGUGAAAAACGUAAGUGUGUGUGUGUGUUGGAUAACUAAUUACAGUAUGGCUGUGUAUGUAUGUGAUGAAUGCCCACGUGAUAUGUUUGUAAUGUGUAGGUGUGUAUUUGUGACUGUGGGUGUGUAUUUAUGACUGUGCUUGUGUGUGUGUGCACGUGCGUGCAUGUGUGCAUUUCGAUGUGCCGUGUGUGUGUUUUGCAGCUUGUCCUGAAGGCUUCCAUGGGCUGGAGUGUCAGCAGCAGUGUCAGUGUUCUAAUGGGGGGAGAUGUGACCACCUGACAGGGGCCUGCCACUGUCCAGACGGCUGGGUCGGAUCACAAUGCAACACCAGUGAGUCCUAUUGGCUUAUACACCCAUUCAUCCAUCCAUCCGUGGAAUUUCUGUAGCAGCUCAAAAAAAGAAAAGAGAAACAGAAAAACAGGUGGAAGUAGAUUUAAUGAAGCAACUACACCCCAUUGUGCUAUUUCUCUCUGUGUCUGGUGCAUUAAUACUCAUGUUCCCCAAUUGUAUGUGGCACUGCAUAAUCCCCUGGAUCAACAUAGUCAUUUUUCAGUUCUAACUGGUAACGGGGUGCCAGCAGGGCCCAUUCUAAAGAAGUGUGUGUGUGUGUGUGUGUGUGUGUAUGUGUGUGUGUGUGUGUGUUUGUGUGUGUGUGUGUGUGUGUGUGUGCGUAUGUACAGUGCAUUCGGAAAGUAUUCAGACCCCUUGACUUUUUCCACAUUUUGUUAUGUUACAGCCUUAUUCUAAACUGGAUAAAAUUGUUUUUCCCCCCUCAUCAAUCUACACACAAUACCCCAUAAUGACAAAGCAAAAACAGGUUUUUAGACAUCUUUGCAAAUAAAAAGUAUCAAUUUUACAUUUACAUAAGUAUUCAGACCUUUUACUCAGUUUGUUGAAGCACCUUUGGCAGCGAUUACAGCCUUGUGUCUUCUUGGGUAUGACGCUACAAGCUUGGCACACCUGUAUUUGGGGAGUUUCUCCCAUUCCUCGCUGCAGAUCCUCUCAAGCUCUGUCAGGUUGGAUGAGGAGCGUCGCUGCACAGCUAUUUUCAGGUCUCUCCAGAGAUGUUCGGGCUCUGGCUGGGCCACUCAAGGAACUUCAGAGACUUGUCCCGAAGCCACUCCUGUGUUGUCUUGGCUGUAUGCUUAGGGUCGUUGUCCUGUUGCAAGGUAAACCUUCAUCAAGGAUCUCUCUGUACUUUGCUCCAUUCAUCUUUCCCUUGAUCCUGAACAGUCUCCCAGUCCCUGCCGCUGAAAAGCAUCCCCACAGCAUGAUGCUGCCACCACCAUGCUUCACCGUAGGGAUGGUGUCAGGUUUCCUCCAGACGUGACGCUUGGCAUUCAGGCCAAAGAGUUCAAUCUUGGUUUAAUCAGACCAGAGAAUCUUGUUUCUCAUGGUCUGAGAGUCUUUAGGUGCCUUUUGGCCAACUCCAAGCGGGCUGUCAUGUGCCUUUUACUGAGAAGUGGCUUCCGUGUGGCCAGUCUACCAUAAAGGCCUGAUUGGUGGAGUGCUGAAGAGAUAGUUGUCCUUCUGGAAGGUUCGCCCAUCUCCACAGAGGAACUCUGGAGCUCUGUCAGAGUGACCAUCGGGUUCUUGGUCACCUCCCUGAUUAAGGCCCUUCUCCCCCGAUUGCUCAGUUUGGCCGGGCGGCCAACUGUAGGAAGAGUCUUGGUGGUUUCAAACUUCUUCCACUGUGUCCACUGUGUUCUUGGGGACCUUCAAUGCUGCAGACAUUAUUUGGUACCCUUCCCCAGAUCUGUGCCUCGACACAAUCCUGUCUCUGAGAUCUACGGACAAUUCCUUCGACCUCAUGGCUUGGUUUUUGCUCUGACAUGCUCUGUCAAUUGUGGGACCUUAUAUAGACAGGUGUGUGCCUUUCAAAAUCAUGUCCAACCAAUUGAAUUUACCACAGAUGGACUCCAGUCAAGUUGUAGAAAUAUCUCAAGGAUGAUCAAUGGAAACAGGAUGCACCUGAGCUCAAUUUCGAGUCUCAUAGCAAAGGGUCUGAAUACUUAUGUAAAUAAGGUAUUUCUGUUGUUUAAAAAAAAAUACAUUUGAAAAAAUGUCUAAAAAACAGUUUUCGCUUUGUCAUUAUGGGGUAUUGUGUGUAGAUUGCUGAGGAUUUAAAAAAUUGUUAUCCAUUUUAGAAUAAGGCUGUAACGUAACAAAAUGUGGAAAAAGUCAAUGUCUGAAUACUUUCCGAAUGCACUGUAUGUGUGUGUCUGUUUCCUGCAGCUGUGCCUGUAUUGUGUGGAGAGCCGAGCGUUUCCAAAACUCUGUCAAGACACACUUUGUAUCUGUGUACAGUUACAGAAUGUUAUGGCUGUUUUUGUUCCCCCUAACAUUCUGCACCCUGCUCCUGUUGUAGCAUGCCAGGCAGGGUGGUUUGGCCAUUGGUGUCAACACACCUGUGAGUGCCAUAAUAAUGCCAGCUGUGACCCUGUGAGCGGGCAGUGCCAGUGUAUGCCAGGCUGGACUGGCCCCAGCUGUGAGCAAGGUACUGUCAGUGUGCGUGUGUGUUUGUUUCUGUUUGUGUGUGUGUGCGUGCAUUCGUGUGUGUUUGUAUGCAUACCUGUGUACAUGUGGAGUGGUUUCCCCUGUAUUAAUUUAGCAGCAGUGCACCGUUAAAUUGUUGCCGCCAAACCCCCAAAAAAUUAAAAUAUAGCAAUGGUAGAUUGAAAGGCUUUCCCAAAUACUUUCUCAAUUAAAUGUCAACUAACUACAAAGUAGCCUAUGCCUACCUGUCAGAAUGAUAUCAUGAUUAUGUGCAUACAUUUAUUGGGCAUUCGUUUUGCGAACUCCAUCACAUAUGCACUACAUAUCCGCUGCUAACCAAACAACAGUGCUAGGUGCAUGCUCACUUUAAUUAAGGGGUAACUAUACUCAAAAAUUUAAAAACAUUUCUUAGAUUUUCCACACACCUCAGAAGUGGUCUCCUGAUGUGAUUUAAGCAUUGUUGUGGACUUAGAACAUCAAUAAUUAAAACAAAUAUAUUAACACUAGAAGCGCAGAGAGCGUCAUUUUGAAUUUAUGAAUUUACAUGUUUUAUUAAUUUGCUGUAUUUGAAGUCAUGUCCCCCCAGUCCUUCACUUUUCCUAAAUAAGUAUAUUUAACACACGUACAAUGAAGUCCAAAAAAUGAUUGGAUCACUUGAUAAAGAUGAGCAAAAAAAGACUGUAUCAAAUAAAUAAUACAAAUACAGAGCUAUAUUGUAUGGAAAUAUAUAUAUAUAUAUAUAUAUAUAUAUAUAUAUAUAUAUAUAUAUAUAUAUAUAUACAGUGAGGGGAAAAAAGUAUUUGAUCCCCUGCUGAUUUUGUACGUUUGCCCACUGACAAAGAAAUGAUCAGUCUAUAGUUUUAAUGGUAGGUUUAUUUGAACAGUGAAAGACAGAAUAACAACAACAAAAAUCCAGAAAAACACAUGUCAAAAAUGUUAUAAAUUGAUUUGCAUUUUAAUGAGGGAAAUAAGUAUUUGACCUCCUCAACAUCAGAAAGAUUUCUGGCUCCCAGGUGUCUUUUAUACAGGUAACGAGCUGAGAUUAGGAGCACACUCUUAAAGGGAGUGCUCCUAAUCUCAGUUUGUUACCUGUAUAAAAGACACCUGUCCACAGAAGCAAUCAAUCAAUCAGAUUCCAAACUCUCCACCAUGGCCAAGACCAAAGAGCUCUCCAAGGAUGUCAGGGACAAGACUGUACACCUACACAAGGCUGGAAUGGGCUACAAGACCAUCGCCAAGCAGCUUGGUGAGAAGGUGACAACAGUUAGUGCGAUUAUUCGCAAAUGGAAGAAACACAAAAUAACUGUCAAUCUCCCUCGGCCUGGGGCUCCAUGCAAGAUCUCACCUCGUGGAGUUGCAAUGAUCAUGAGAACGGUGAGGAAUCAGCCCAGAACUACACGGGAGGAUCUUGUCAAUGAUCUCAAGGCAGCUGGGACCAUAGUCACCAAGAAAACAAUUGGUAACACACUACGCCGUGAAGGACUGAAAUCCUGCAGCGCCCGCAAGGUCCCCCCGCUCAAGAAAGCACAUAUACAUGCCCGUCUGAAGUUUGCCAAUGAACAUCUGAAUGAUUCAGAGGAGAACUGGGUGAAAGUGUUGUGGUCAGAUGAGACCCAAAUGGAGCUCUUUGGCAUCAACUCAACUCGCCGUGUUUGGAGGAGGAGGAAUGCUGCCUAUGACCCCAAGAACACCAUCCCCACCGUCAAACAUGGAGGUGGAAACAUUAUGCUUUGGGGGUGUUUUUCUGCUAAGGGGACAGGACAACGUCACUGCAUCAAAGGGACGAUGGACAGGGCCAUGUACCGUCAGAUCUUGGGUGAGAACUUCCUUCCCUCAGCCAGGGCAUUGAAAAUGGGUCGUGGAUGGGUAUUCCAGCAUGACAAUGACCCAAAACACACAGCCAAGGCAACAAAGGAGUGGCUCAAGAAGAAGCACAUUAAGGUCCUGGAGUGGCUUAGCCAGUCUCCAGACCUUAAUCCCAUAGAAAAUCUGUGGAGGGAGCUGAAGGUUCGAGUUGCCAAACAUCAGCCUCGAAACCUUAAUGACUUGGAGAAGAUCUGCAAAGAGGAGUGGGACAAAAUUCCGCCUGAGAUGUGUGCAAACCUGGUGGCCAACUACAAGAAACAUCUGACCUCUGUGAUUGCCAACAAGGGUUUUGCCACCAAGUACUAAGUCAUGUUUUGCAGAGGGGUCAAAUACUUAUUUCCCUCAUUAAAAUGCAAAUCAAUUUAUAACAUUUCUGACAUGCGUUUUUCUGGAUUUUUUUGUUGUUAUUCUGUCUCUCACUGUUCAAAUAAACCUACAAUUAAAAUUAUAGACUGAUCAUUUCUUUGUCAGUGGGCAAACAUACAAAAUCAGCAUGGGAUCAAAUACUUUUUUCCCUCACUGUAUAUAUAUAUACAUAUACAUAAUAUAUAUUAUUUUAUACUAAUACUGUUGCUUAGAGAAAAAGACAAGUCAUACAAAAACAACUCAAAAGAUACAGGUCAAAAUGAUUGAAUGCCCUGUUUUCAAUACUCCAGCUCCCUCACCUUGCGAGUAUAACUGAGCCAUCUUCCUUUUGAGGCAAAACCAACCACUGGAGUGCAUGGCCAAAGAGCUGUAUUUUCAUGUCAUCUGACCAUAGUGCCGCUUCCAGUCCAAGUACCAGUGCCAUUUAGCAAACUCCAGGCGUUUACAUUUGUUGGAUGACAUGAAAAUAGAGCUCUUUGGCCACACACACCAGUGGUGGGUUUUGCGUCAGAAGAAAGAUGCAUAUGCAGAAAAGAAUUCCUACCUACUGUAAAAUAUGGUGGUGGAUCUUUUGAUGUUAUGGAGCUUUUUUUCUUCCACUGGUCCUGAGGCCCUUGUUAAGGUCAAAGGCAUCAUAAACUUUACCAAGUGCGAGGACAUUUCUGCCAAAAACCUUACUGCCUCUGCCAGGAGGCUGAAACUUGGCUGCAAGUGAAUCUUCCAGCAAGACAAUAACCGUAAGAACAAAUCAAAAUCCACACAAAAAUAAUAAUAAUGUGACCACAAAAUCAACAUUUUGCAAUGGCCAUCUUGGUCUCCGGACAUGAACCCCAUUGAAAACCUGUGGUUUGAAUUGAAGAGGGCAGUCCAUGCGCAGACGAAGGAUAUAAAAAAUCUGGAAAGAUUCUUGAUUGAGGAAUGGUCUAAGAAACCUCCAAAUAUUUUUUUUAAUCUGAUAAAACAUUUUAGAAAAAGGUUUUGUGACGUUAUCCUCACAAGGGGAGGGUGCUGGAGAAUUGAAAACAGAAAAUCCAAUCAUUUUGACCCCUCUCCUUUUCAGAUUUUUUGUAUGACUUAUUAAACAAUAUCUAUUUCUCUGAGCAUGCAAUAUAGCUCAGUAUUUGUAUUAUUUAUUUUAAACAGUAUUUUUUGCUCAUCUUUAUACAGUGGGGGAAAAAAAGUAUUUAGUCAGCCACCAAUUGUGCAAGUUCUCCUACUUAAAAAGAUGAGAGAGGCCUGUAAUUUUAAUCAUAGGUACACGUCAAUUAUGACAGACAAAAUGAGGAAAAAAAAUCCAGAAGAUCACAUUGUAGGAUUUUUAAUGAAUUUAUUAGCAAAUUAUGGUGGAAAAUAAGUAUUUGGUCAAUAACAAAAGUUUCUCAAUACUUUGUUAUAUACCCUUUGUUGGCAAUGACACAGGUCAAACGUUUUCUGUAAGUCUUCACAAGGUUUUCACACACUGUUGCUGGUAUUUUGGCCCAAUUCCUCCAUGCAGAUCUCCUCUAGAGCAGUGAUGUUUUGGGGCUGUCGCUGGGCAACACAGACUUUCAACUCCCUCCAAAUAUUUUCUAUGGGGUUGAGAUCUGGAGACUGGCUAGGCCACUCCAGGACCUUGAAAUGCUUCUUACGAAGCCACUCCUUCGUUGCCCGGGCGGUGUGUUUGGGAUCAUUGUCAUGCUGAAAGACCCAGCCACGUUUCAUCUUCAAUGCCCUUGCUGAUGGAAGGAGGUUUUCACUCAAAAUCUCACGAUACAUGGCCCCAUUCAUUCUUUCCUUUACACGGAUCAGUCGUCCUGGUCCCUUUGCAGAAAAACAGCCCCAAAGCAUGAUGUUUCCACCCCCAUGCUUCACAGUAGGUAUGGUGUUCUUUGGAUGCAACUCAGCAUUCUUUGUCCUCCAAACACGACGAGUUGAGUUUUUACCAAAAAGUUCUAUUUUGGUUUCAUCUGACCAUUUGACAUUCUCCCAAUCCUCUUCUGGAUCAUCCAAAUGUACUCUAGCAAACUUCAGACGGGCCUGGACAUGUACUGGCUUAAGCAGGGGGACAUGUCUGGCACUGCAGGAUUAGAGUCCCCGGCGGCGUAGUGUGUUACUGAUGGUAGGCUUUGUUACUUUGGUCCCAGCUCUCUGCAGGUCAUUCACUAGGUCCCCCCGUGUGGUUCUGGGAUUUUUGCUCACCGUUCUUGUGAUCAUUUUGACCCCACGGGGUGAGAUCUUGCGUGGAGCCCCAGAUCGAGGGAGAUUAUCAGUGGUCUUGUAUGUCUUCCAUUUCCUAAUAAUUGCUCCCACAGUUGAUUUCUUCAAACCAAGCUGCUUACCUAUUGCAGAUUCAGUCUUCCCAGCCUGGUGCAGGUCUACAAUUUUGUUUCUGGUGUCCUUUGACAGCUCUUUGGUCUUGGCCAUAGUGGAGUUUGGAGUGUGACUGUUUGAAGUUGUGGACAGGUGUCUUUUAUACUGAUAACAAGUUCAAACAGGUGCCAUUAAUACAGGUAACGAGUGGAGGACAGAGGAGCCUCUUAAAGAAGAAGUUACAGGUCUGUGAGAGCCAGAAAUCUUGCUUGUUUGUAGGUGACCAAAUACUUAUUUUCCACCAUAAUUUGCAAAUAAAUUCAUUAAAAAUCCUACAAUUUCCUCAAUUUGUCUGUCAUAGUUGACGUGUACCUAUGAUGAAAAUUACAGGCCUCUCUCAUCUUUUUAAGUGGGAGAACUUGCACAAUUGGUGGCUGACUAAAUACUUUUUUUCCCCACUGUAAAGGGAUCAAAUAAUUUUGUACCCCACUGUAUGUUGAAUUUCGACAUCACAAACAUAAUUUGUGUUAUAAGCAGUUUUAAGAGGACGUGUAAUUCCCCCCCGCCCCUCAUUCACUGCCAGUCAGCCUUUGAUGUUUUAAUGUCUAUAUAGUAUCAGAAAAGGCAGAUUCUGCAAUUUCCAAAUCACCUACCAUUGCUAAACAACUCUUUAAAAUGAGCCCAUUAAGCACUAUUCAAAAUAUAACUUUUUGGCAGAAUUACCAUGAUUCCAUGGACUCCAGUAAUAUAUUUAAACUCAAAAUAUGCCAUUCUGAUCUUUUGAAAUGCAUUUUCUUAGUUUCAUAAUGUUCCUUAAGACCUGCCUAAACAAAUUAAUAAUGGAUGAUCUUUGUGAUGGUGUUUGAAUUUAGGUGUUUUAGUGUUUUUUCAUUUAUAGCCUACAGUUACAUUAAAGACAUGUUCUGGAACGUUGGCGACUACUAAGUAUUUUUUAAACAUCCCGCUUUGGGCUGGAUGUGUUAAUGUGUAGUGCAUACAUAAUCUAUGAGCAGAAUUUGAGCAUAAUUUUACCCCAAUUAGCCAUUAAAUCCCUAGUUUGAAAGCAACUGUAUUUCUGGAAGCUGUUCUGCGCCAUUUUACCUACAUUUUCCCCCCAAGUGGGCCAGCCCCCUAGCAAUCCGAGUUCAACCAAUGAGCUUCAGCCCCUUUCCAAAUGAGUGACAGCUAGCAAGAUGCACAUGAUGCACCCACAGCAGAGAGAGAGAGAAAUUACGUGGUGCACAUAUCUCACAUAGUACGCAAUUUUCAGGGACCACUUUUGCCUCGUGAGCGCUACUUUCAGAACUACUGGCUAAAAAGUAUACAAAAGUAUACAAAGAAAAUGCUAUUGUGUUGAAAUACAUUUUCUUUCAUAUUCUAAUGUUAGCUUCAUAAACAAAACCAAAGGAUUAUUCUUGUGAUGUCAUAUGUGAAAUGUAUUUAUUAGACUGUUGACGUCAAAAAAUACGUUUCAUUUGCUCAGAACCGGGGGGUAUCGAGGACCGGCAUUUUAAGUGUUGAAAAAGUGUGAUUUUGAGAGCGAAAACAUGAAAAAACUGGGGAAGAUCCGAAACCUGAACAACCCACCCCUCAUUCCCUUUCUACCACUGCUAAAAUACAUUCUAGUGGAAACACUGUUGUGUAUGCAUGCAUUCAUGCACACGCUUCCGGGCAUGUUUGUGAAAGAGAGUCUGUGUGUGUGCCGUUGCAUGUGUGCGUGCGUGACAGAGAAUGUAUUAUUUCGCCUCCAGUAACCCACAGGCAAAAUUGGGAAGUCCAUUUGAAAAGCAGGCUAUACUUAGCUGCUAUUCAAAAUUCCACAUCUUUACACUUCAUUCCCUUACCUGCAGCAAGCCCCAUUAAGAAAGCGCAUCCCUAAUGCUAGGUAAUGGUAGCAUUCUUUCCCUUUCCAACCACUAUACAUACUGCACUCUGAAUCACUACCCUUCUCCCUAAAGUGUGCACUCAUUCACUCCACCUAAAGGAGUGAAAUGGAACAGACUUUUCAUAAUUCUCUACCCUUUCCCCUGAGGUGUGCACUCGGCUUGUUCACUCCCCCUCAUGGAUUGAAAUAAAACGGACUGAUGUACGUAUGAAAUAUGGUGAAAUCUGUCUCCUGCUUACAGCGAUGUGUAUCUCUCUUUCAGAAUGUCUAGAAGGCUUCUAUGGGUCAGACUGCCUGCAUCACUGCCCGUGUCAGAAUGGAGGUGUGUGUGAUCGUUUCUCCGGGGGAUGCUCAUGCCCAAAUGGGUGGACCGGGGCGGCCUGCGAACUG